AUGCCCCACGGCGCUCUGCAGACGGAACUGUACCCCUUCGAGAGGGUGACGGUGCUGGUCUCGUGCGCCCUCUCCUUCCUAGGGUCCAGCCUCUUGGUGGGCACCCACGCGCUGUGGCCCGAGCUGCGGACGCGGCCCCGGCAGCUCCUGCUCUACCUCUCCUUGGCCGACCUCCUCUCGGCCGCCUCCUACUUCUACGGGGCCCUGAAGGACUUCGGCUCGUCCACGUGGGAAUGCGUGGCCCAGGGCGCCGUGUCCACCUUCUCCAACACCAGCUCCUUCUUCUGGACGAUAGCCAUCGCCUUGUACCUCUACAUCAGCAUCGUGCAGGGAUCGCCGACCGGGACCAGCCUCCUCUGCUUCUUCCACGUGGUGAGGUUCGUGGUCUUCCCCGUCUCUCCAUCUUCCCUGUCCUCGGGGACUCCCUUACGGGCCACUGCCAAAAAAAAAACCAAAAAACAAAAAACCCCAACCAAGCAAGAAAAACAAAGGUUUUCCUGGAAGUUUUGAACUGAGGAAACUUUCUGGGGAAUUUUCCCAGGAAACUUUCUGGUGCGAAUUAAGGAAGCUUGUUUUAGGGGACCUUCCCCCGGGGUGAAGCAAAUAAAUUUGGGAGCCAAAUUGCAUGAUCUAAUCUGGCAUAGUUUAUCUUCCGUGUAUUUAGUAAACCACUCCCCUCGCCUAAUAAUUGUAAUUGCGACUGGCAAACCAAUUAAUUGAUACGAACAACAUUUGUGCAGAAAAAUACAGCACGGGACUUUCCCACCCCAACACAUCGCUGCCCAGUCCUGGUGUCCAAAGGAGAAAUAUACAAGCUUCUCUGGGCAGAAACUCGCCUCUUUAUGUAGCUCAUGGGGUGUCCCUCCACAGUGUGGUGUAGUGGUUAGAGUGCCAGACUUGGACUUUGGGGGAAUCAUGGAAUUGUAAAGUUGGAAGGGGCCCCCUGGAUCCUCUCAUCUAACCCCCUUCAAUGCAGGAAUUUUUGUAAGGGGAUCAAACCUACAAACUUAGCAUUGUCAGCACCAUGCUCUAACCAGCUGAGACCAGGGUUCAAAUCCUUGCUCAGCCAUGAAGCUCACUGGGCCAGUCCCUUGCUCUCAGGCUGCUUGGCUUCAGCUGGUAGACCUCAAGGUUCUUGCUAAAAUAAGAAAAAAGCAGUUUCCACAACCACAAGCCUGUAGUCUGCUCCCUUCUAGCACUCUCCAUCGCCCUUCACAUACUGAGAUAGACCAAUGGUUCAUCCAGCUCAGUGUUGUUUACACUGACCCGGCAGCAGCUCUCCAGGGUUCCAGGCAGAGAUUCUCAGCCUUACCUGGAGAUGCUGGGGAUUGAACAUGGGACCUUCUGUACACAGAGCUAGGAUCCAUCCCUUCCCCCUACUCUCUUAUCAUGCCUACUGAUGGAACCUAGAUUGUCAGUUCCUUGAAACAGGGUGGGGUGAGAAUGCGAUCAAUAGAUGACCUAACAAGAAAGCUUGGGGAAGGGAUCAGCGAAAGAAACAGCAGCUUUAAUUCACUUGCUGGGGCUUCCCCUGCCUCCCUCUGUGAGCCGAUUUGCCAAGUCGAAGAAAAGCCUUUAUUAUGCCAUGUGAGAUGGGCAGUGGUCACAUGCCAGCCUCCAAGCUGCGAGGAGUGACCCUUUGACGCCUAGGCCUGCCAGCUGUUCAGUCUGAAUUAUUUUAGAAGUCAUCUAGUUCAGCAAGGGGGUAUUUGUUUAAUAGGUUACUUAACUUCUUUUUAUUCGCUCCCCCCCCCGGUACCUUUUCAAUUAAUUUAAUGCCAACUUUGUUAAUCUGGUACCCUCCAGAUGUUUUGGAUUAUGACAGCCCUGAUGGGAGCUGCAGUCUUAAACAUCUGGAGGGCAGCAGAUUGGUGAAGGCUGGUUUCAUCCAUUUCAGCAGCCGCUUGCUCGCCAUAGGCGACGGGAUUCCACAGAGGCACAAAAAUACAGCGGACAGAGAGCACUUCCCUGCUCUCUGAGCCCCCAGUGAGCUAGCAAAACAUUUUGCGGGCUAGUAAUUUUUGUGGGCUUAUUUACAAGGCUGCUUUUGUAUAGCUCCAGCUUCCCCUCUAUUGGGGCGGUGGGGGUGGGACUUCUCAAGGCAGCUUACAAUGCAAAACCUUAAAAUGAAAUAAUAAGCAAUUAAUCGAAUAAACAGUGCUGCACUAAAACCGCAGCACAGGAUGUUAUCCUAGGAGAGAUGCACAAACCAUUUCUGUUAGAGGAGGAAUCACGGAAGCAAGGUGGACUUAGCCUGGUUCCUAGAGCUGCAGUCUCAUGCCCAUUUACCUGGAGAGAGGAUCAUAGCUCUGGCGGAGCACCUGCUUUGCAUGCAGAAGGUUCCAGGUUCAAUCCCUGGCAUCUCCAAGUUGGAGUCAAAAAGGGGACCUUUUUUCAGCCCAAGGGUUGCGCUCCCUUAUGGGUGAUCUUCUAGGGGGCCCAUGCAAGUGGUAGGCGGGGUCAGAGGCAAAAGUGGGUGGAGUCACGACUGCGGCUCCUCCCGUUGUGCAAUACAGUGGUAUCUCAGGUUACAUACGCUUCAGGUUACACACUCCGCUAACCCAGAAAUAGUGCUUCAGGAUAAGAACAGAAAUCGGGCUCCUGCGGCGCAGCAGCAGCAGGAGGCCCCCAUUAGCUAAAGUGGUGCUUCAGGUUAAGAACAGUUUCAGGUUAAGAACGGACCUCUGGAACGAAUUAAGUACUUAACCUGAGGUACCACUGUACAGGUUUCUUGGCAUAUCCCUCUCUCUACUCAUCCUAGCAAGCAAGAUGGAUUUUCAUGAUUCUUAUGCUGGAUGGAUCAAAGGUCUGGCUAUGGAAGCAUUGUGUGCUCAGUCGUUCUCCCGGACCUCAGGAGGAAAACCUGUUCUGCGCUUGUCCUGGCAAGGAUUUGAACUCUGCCCAUCCUAGUCCUGACAUGCUGUUUGGCAUGUUUGUCUCCUCUCUCUCUCUCCUUGAGAACUUGGCCAUCAUCAGAACAGAGCUUGGGUGUGGCUUGAGAUUACCUUUGCUUGUCUCCCAGGAUAGCUUCUGUUCUCCUUGGUAGGUGAGGCCUGUCGAUUGGAGUAAGAAGCUUCUCUUUCCCGUUCAAAACACACGCUUUCAACCUAACCUAUAUCUGGAGGUAGCAGUACCCUGGCAGUAAGUUUUUGCCAAGUUCGAUAGCAUUCUGGGUGGCUCAGAUUUUGUCUUUGGGACUGCAGUGCAAAAUAGCAAGCUCCACACUCAGUUUUGCCCUCUGCACAUGCUUUUUGCGCUCUACGGUCGAGAUCCAUCGGUAGGAACCUAUAACAAGCUUAACAGGUGGUUACACUGGCUUUUGGCCCAGCCAGACUCCAUACAUACCAAUCAUUUGAAGCACGUUUCCCCACCCAAAGAAUUCUGGGAAUAUGAUAGCCUUUGUGGUGUGGUGGUUAGAGUGUUGGAUUAGAGCCCGGGAGAUGAGGGUUCGAAUCCCUACUCCGCCAUGAAUUAAACACAGGAAUCUGUCAUGAGAGCCAUUACAAUGAGAGCCGGCAUGGUGUAGUGAUUAGUGUCAGACAAGUACCUGGGAGACACGGGUUCGAAUCCCCACUGACAUGAAGCUCACUGGAUGAUUUUGAGCCAGUCAUUGCCUCUCAGCCUUGCCUACCUCGCCAGGUUGUUGCUGGGAUUAAAGGAGGGGGUGGAGAACCAUGUCCACCACCUUGAGCGCCUUGGAAGAAAAGGUGGGCUAUAAAGUCUGGUAUGCCUCUGGGAGGUGCAUUGCUCCUGUUGUGGUUGCUGAGCAGAACAGCAGUCCCAGAACAGUGACUCAUGCAGAAACACGACAGGUAGACUCCUUGGAGAUGAGGUUUCCUUAAUAUGGACCAUUUGGGGAGGAGGCUAAAGGUGAAACAGGGUUCUUGGCAUGACAAGCUCUUUGGAGAAAAAAAGGGGGAUAUGAGCCAAUGCAAUGUAGUAUUGCUGCCCCACUCUUGUACUUGGGGGGUUGCCAUUGUCUGUUGGAAACUCUCAAAGUGCUUGGGUGCCAGUAUUGGAGCGCCUUGCCCAUCAAUGAUGUUUCUCAAGUGCGUAAGAGGCUUUUUUGUUUUGAAACUCUUUAGGACUGGCAGUGAGAUUUGGAAUGAAAGACUAGACGGGCUGGUCACCUGCAAAGGGACAUCAACAAGCAGUCAGCCUCUUAGCUUGUGACUAGGGCAUAUUUAUAGAUCACUGGAGAAAGGGGAGGCCUUUCAGAAAGCCAGCUGAUUCUUAGGCAGCCAGGCACAACUUAUAUUCAUUAUUUAUUUGCAUAUUCAUGACCCACACUUUCAUAACCUAUGCCAAAGGUGGCUUAUGUGACUGAAAUGCUGUUAUCUGUGUUUUAAUUUGUGUAAGCGACUUUGAGCCCCCAGUCUUGGGGGGGGGGGGGAAGGCGGGAUAUAAUAAAUAAAUUUGUUUGUUUCAUGGAGUUUAUACACUGCUUGCUUGUAAAAAUACAAAAAAAUAGAAUCAUCACCAAGAAAAAUUAAGAACAAUAGUUUAAGGCUUUUGAAAAGUUAACUCGCAUCAACUUUCUAAACAUCUAGGUAGGUUUUUCGAAACAAAAAUGUGUUUAGCAGGUGCUGAAAACAGUACAUUGAUGGCGCCUGCCUGAUAUCAAUAAUACAAUAAAAUCAAUCAGUAUCUGUAAAAUGUAAAUUUAAAAACAUGGAUAAGAUCAAAUAGGUCAAAAAGAAAAAUUCAUACUGUAAACACCUGUCUAAAAAGUAGAGUUUGACAAAGUCAUCCCAAGAGAAGGCAGGGGUGGUUGCUGCCAAACCUCAAGCAGCAGGGAGUUCCACAGGGCGGGGCCUGCCACAUGAAAGACUCCGUCCCCGGUGAAGGCCAACCUAAUCUCACAGGUGUGUGAGGAACCACCAGAAAUGCCCCAUCAGAGGAUAUACCAGUGAUCAAGGUGGAGUAUAAGGGAUCAGGGGGUCCUUAGGUUACUUUGGAGGCAAGGCAUUUAAGGCUUUCUGAAUUGACACAACAGCCUUGAUCUUGAUAGCAAAUCAGGAGUGUUUAAGCAUCUUGGGAACACUGAGUGUAAAGUGAUAGUAUUAUCCACCUAGCUUGUUUGUCUGGGAAUUGGCCACCUCACAGUCACUUGAUUUGGCUGCAGGGACGCGGGUGGCGCUGUGGGUUAAACCACAGAGCCUAGGACUUGCCAAUCAGAAGGUUGGCGGUUCGAAUCCCCACGACGGGAUGAGCUCCCGUUGCUCGGUCCCUUCUCCUGCCAACCUAGCAGUUCAAAAGCACGUCAAAGGGCAAGUAGAUAAAUAGGUACCGCUCUGGCAGGAAGGUAAACGGCGUUUCCAUGCGCUGCUCUGGUACGCCAGAAGUGGCUUAGUCAUGCUGUCCACAUGACCCGGAAGCUGUACGCCGGCUUCCUCGGCCAGUAAAGCGAGAUGAGCGCCACAACCCCAGAGUCGGCCACGACUGGACCUAAUGGUCACGGGUCCCUUUACCUUUACCUAGCAUGCAUUACAGGUGUAAACCAGUCUUGCAAUCUGUUUAACAGUUUUGAUGCCAGACCAAGGCGUGGUGGGAAUUUCAGGUUGAUGAGGGAUUACGAACAUAGGAAGCUGAAAUCCCAGAGAGCUGUUGCCAGUCAGUAUCAACAAUAGUGAGCUAACUUAGUGGCUGGGGCAACCCAGUCAGAUGGGCAGAAUUAUUACAGCUAUGGUUAUUCUAGUAUACGGCAGAUUCUAUGUCUUAAGAAAAAGGCUGCAGCUUAGUGUUAGAGCAUCUGCUUUGCAUGCAGAAGGUCCCAGGUUCCACUGCCAGCAUCUCCAAUGAAACCCUGGAGUGUUGCUGCCGGUCAGUGCAGACAAUGCUGAGCCAGAUGGACCAGUGGUACAACUUAGUAAAAGGCAGCUUCCUCCCUCUUAAGGGAAGGGCUUUAGCUCAGUGGUAGAGCAGCUGCCUUGCAUGCAGAAGGUUCUGGGUUCAGUUCCAGGCAGGGCUGGGAGAUACCCCUGUGCUGCUGCUAGUCAGUGUAGACACUACUGAGCUAGAUGGAACCUAAACGUGCAGGUUUAUCCAACAGAUUUAGAAUAGACCACACACACACACUUCUUUCCCAUGCUUUGGGAUCAAAUGCCUUCUCAUCAGUUGGUCAGUCACGUCUCGGGUCAACUGGCUGAAGUCCGUCUUGCUGAAGUCAAUGUUUGCGUCUCGCUAAGGUUGCAGCAUAACGCCUUUGCACAAUUGAGCAAACAGGCUUGUCCUUUCAUAAACUCUGUUCUAGUUCUGGGAUGGGAGGGCAGAAUAUCCAGAUGAUAAGGAAAGGGGAGGCAGGAAAUUAAGAGGCGAUUUCCUUAACCCUUGAGAGUGAUUUCUGGAGUUGCAGGCGCCAAGGAUUGCGAUGCAAUUGUGUCUGCUUAGAGCACCACCUGGAAUGGGUAUCUCCACCGCCCAGACUGGCUCCUUGAGAUCUUCUGCAGGCAGCUCAGGUUGUGGCUUGUCAUCUCUAAAGAUUUGGAGGGUGAAGACCGUGGUACCUGGUGCUCCUUGAGAGUGGUAGGGCAGAGGACAAGGGUGCGUGUUGGACAGGGGAUUCUUCCCACUUGCUUUUCUUGCAAUGAGGAGAAAUUGAUUUGAAUAUGAACCUUCCUAAUUCGGGCUCCGUGGAUUGCUGUACAAACCAACACAUGGCUAUCCUUCAAAAUCAAGUCACUAUCCAUGAAUUUUUUGACACAGUUCCUGAACUGGAACCAAAACAUGCCUUAACUAUUCCCCCUCUCUGCCUGCAGCUGGGGAGUGCCGCUCGUCAUCACUGUGUUGGCCGUGAUUUUGAAGAAGAUCGGUUACGACGCCUCCGAUGUCUCUGUGGGCUGGUGCUGGAUCGACAUUGAGGCGGAGGAUCGGAUCCUGUGGAUGCUCCUUGCAGGGAAGCUGUGGGAGAUCCUGGCCUACGUGACUCUCCCGGUCUUCUACAUCCUCAUAAAGAAGCACAUCAACCGAGCGGUAGGUAUUUCUUUUUUUCCAGGUAGGGGAAGACUAAUUGUCUAGGGUGAGCAUGAAUUUCCUCCAGGAUUCAGGGAUGCGAGUGGCCAUUUGGGGCCUAAGGGCUAUGCUUUCUUGUUGUCAUCAUUGCCUCAUCCAGCAGGGAUGUUGACACAAAAUUGGAGGCUGCAGGAGCACCGUGUGGGAAGUCAGGGAUGGGUCAGGCUUGGAACUGAUUGCAGGAGACUAGAACUCCCAGAGGAACAUCCCAGACCAACAGGGCCUAUAGGCCCACAACCUGGACCCCUCACAUUCUCCUGAAAAACCAGACCUCCCAACAUUCAUUUCAUUUCAUUUAUUAGGCUUAUAGGGGAGCAGAACUGAAGCAUGUGACUUCACCUGUAGAUGCGUUCUUUUCCACUGCGUGGUGUCAUCGCAGUCCCCAAACCUGCGAAAAUAGUUUUGCAGUUAGAAUGCCCAUGUUGUUAUGCUCAUUUUGCAAUAAGUGUCUGUCCCCUGUUGGUGGGUGCGUUUUGUUUGUUUCUUUCUGGCUUUUCCUGGUGGUGGAGAGUAAUUUUCUGGCAACAGAAAUAAUUCCAGAUUCUCAUGCCGUUCCAUCCUCCUCUGCAGGGGGCCAGACAGCUGCCCUAGUCGUCUGGCUAAAAACAAGUCACGAUUUGUGUGUUGGAACAGGUGUUGGCAGCGGGACGGUCCUGUAACCGGAUCUGACCCAGGCUGCCGCAUUCCACGCCGGGCGUUCCAAGCCAGCGUCUUUCCCUUUGCUUAUCUGUAUUUGAGCGCGAAUGACUCCACCUUCGAUAUCCCUGAGCCACCUCCAAAGCUGCUGGGUGUGUGUGUUCCUCACUAAGUCCUGCUCAGAUCUGACCCAUUGACAUUAAGGGACCUAAGAGAGCCGGGGGUGUGUGUGUGUGUAGUGGCUAGGACCUGGGAGAGCAGGGUUUGAAUCCCCAUUCAGCCACGAAGCUCACUGGGUGACCCUGGGCCAGUCACUGCCUCUCAGCCUAUCCUACCUUGCUGGGUUGUUGGGAGAAUGAAAUGGGGAUGAGAGAACCAUGAAUGCUGCUUGAACUCCUUGGACGAAAGGAGGGAGACAACACAAGGAAGGAAGGAAGGAAGGAAGGAAGGAAGGAAGGAAGGAAGGAAGGUGAUGCGUUUGGUGGGUCAGUAAGCAGGUCUCUGGCUGGCGCUAUACAUAGGUGCAAAGAGUGUCCCUCGUUCAGAGUUUUACCUCUGCCACUAACUCCAGUCAAUCAAUCAAUCAAUCAAUCAAUCAAUCAAUCAAUCAGUUAUAGCAACCCUUAAGCAGGCCACAGUUUCUCAGCCCAUAGUGCCCAUCUGCAGUGAAGCCUGAUACUGACCAACCUCACAAUUGUACAAAUACUGAGUUAACGUUCAAAGCAAUUCAUGUGCCCCAUGGGGCAGGGAAUAUUUCCAGACUGAGGGCCGCAUUCCAUUCUAGGCAAUCUUCCAGGGGCCGUGUGACAGGCAUGGUCAGGGCUAGUGUCCAGGGUUGCCAUAUUUUGGCAAAAUCACACAAAAAGAAGUUGUUGACCUAUUUUUAAGGGAAAUUGCCAAAUACGACAUUGACCACAUGGGUUGCCAUACAUCCAGAUUUUCCCGGACACUUUGCCUAUUUCCGCCCAGACACUGCUUCUGACUGUAGCAUUCCGACUAUUUCUGGGAAAUUCUGGACAUAUGGGAACCCUACUAGUGUCAAAGGUGGGUGGAGCAAUGAAAGCGGAUGUUACCUUUUGCUACUUUCUACGCACUCUUCUACGCGUCUGUUGGGACGCGGGUGGCGCUGUGGGUUAAACCACAGAGCCUAGGACUUGCCAAUCAGAAGGUCGGCUGUUCGAAUCCCUACAACGGGGUGAGCUCCCGUGGCUCGGUCCCUGCUCCUGCCAACCUAGCAGUUCAAAAGCACGUCAAAGUACAAGUAGAUAAAUAGGUACUGCUCUGGCGGGAAGGUAAACGGCGUUUCCGUGCGCUGCUCUGGUUCGCCAGAAGCGGCUUAGUUAUGCUGGCCACAUGACCCGGAAGCUGUUCGCCGGCUCCCUCGGCCAGUAAAGCGAGAUGAGCGCUGCAACCCCAGAGUUGGCCAUGACUGAACCUAAUGGUCAGGGGUCCCUUUACUUUUUUUUUACACGCUCUUCUUGCACGCCCCUCUCUCUAUCCAAGCGAACAAGAGGCACGAUCAGAGUUCAACAGCACAUCCCUGAAUCGGGGUUGGUGAGGUGUGUGGUGAGGGCCUGGCAGGGGGACUAGGGGGGCCGCAGUCAGCCUCUGGACUUUGAGGUUCCCCACCCUUGAGACAGAUGCUAAAUUGAUCCUGCCCCCACCCACGCUUUCCCCUCGCUCCUCAUGGUGGUCUUCCUUUUCCCAAAGCAUGCUGCGCUGUCAGAGUAUCGCCCUAUCCUGUCGAGGACCCCAGCUUUACACCUGAGGACUUCCGUAGCGGAUAAGAAGCUGAUCCUGAUUCCAGUGAUAUUCAUUUUCCUCCGAAUCUGGAGCACCAUCCGGUUUGUCUUGACGCUGUGCAGCUCCCCUGCUGUUCAAAACCCGCUGCUGGUGGUACUUCACGUGAGUAACGUAUUUGAUUGUUUGAUUAUUUGAUUGUUGUUAGCCGCCCUGAGCCCGGCUUCGGCUGGGGAGGGCGGGAUAUAAAUAAAAUUUAUUAUUAUUAUUAUUAUUAACUUAGCUAUAAGGCGGGUGGGAGGUCCUGGAAUCUGGUCACUUCAUCCUAGAGGUUCCCAAAAGGUCUAUGAGGCAGACUUUCACUUAUUUAUUUUUAUUGUGACAUGAAUAUUUAUUUUUAUUGUGACAUUCCAAGGACCUCAAGGCAAUGUUUGUGGUUCUUCCCCUGCAGUGCCUAAUUUUAUCCUCACAACAACCCUGUGAGGUGGGUCAGGCUGAGAGGUUAUUUAGUAGCCAAAGGGCUCCUGUUCAGCUUCAGGGCUGAGUGAGAAUCAUCAUCAUAUUUAUACCCCACCCGUUUGGCUGAGUUUCCUCAGCCACUCUGGGCAGCUCCCAACAGAAUAUAAAAAAUGUGAUAAAACACCAAACAUUAAAAACUUCCCUAAACAGGGCUGCCUUCAGGUGUCUUCUAAAAGUCAGAUAGUGGUUUGUUUCCUUGACAUCUGAUGGGAGGGCGUUCACAGGGCGGGUGCCACCACUGAGAAGGCCCUCUGCCUGGUUCCCUGUAGCUUCAUUUCUCGCAGUGAGGGAACUGCCAGAAGGCCCUCAGAGCUGGACCUCAGUGUCCUGGCUGAAUGAUAGAGGUGGAGAUGCUCCUUCAGGUAUACUGGGCUGAGGCCGUUUAGGACUUUAAAGGUCAGCACCAACACUUUGAUUGUGCUUGGAAACGUACUGGGAGCCAAUGUAGGUCUUUCAGGACUGGUGUUAUAUGGUCUCGGCGGCCACUCCCAGUCACCAGUCUAGCUGCCACAUUCUGGAUUAGUUGUAAAGAUUUGAACUCUGUUCUCUUGGACCUCUGUCUUUUUAUCCCCUGCAACACACAUCUUUCAGUAUUUUGAAAAGCAUGGUGUAAAUAAUAAUAAUAAUAAUAAUAAUAAUAAUAAUAAUAUUUUACCCCACCCAUCUGAUGGGUUGCCCCAGCCACUCUGGGUGGCUUCCAGCAUAUAUAAAAACAUAGUUAAACCUUAAAAAGCUUCCCUAUACAGGGCUGCCUUCAGAUGUUUCCUAAAUGUUAUAUAAUUACUCAUCUCCUUAACAUCUGAUGGAUAGAUAAAGGCACAGCUUGAUAUUCAUUUGGAUCAGCCACUGGUCUCUGCAACUUGAGUUUGCAAAAUGCAAACGUGUGUAAACUACUAAGCCAGCGACAGAAAAAUUAAAAUUAAAAUUAAAAAAAUGCUAAUGCAAUUUUAGGCUGCAUCAACAGAAGUAGCUGGAAAGUGGUGCCAGCUGCAUUGAUAAACCCUGGGCAAAGAAACAGCCGAUAUAUAAAACCAUUUGGGCCAGUAGUCAUUGCUACCCUUAUCUAAUCCCCUUUCUAAGGCAUCCAGGGAGAAUGCAAUGAAUAAGAAGAUAAGAAGAGCCCAGUGUGAUUAGACCAAAGGAGCUCUUUAGCACACUAUUUUGGGCUGCCUACACACCAUAUAUUUAAAGCAUGUCCCCUUCUACUUUCCAAUAAUCCUGAGAAUUGUAGUUUACCUCUUACAGGAGGAGAUAUAAAGGAAAAGGAGCCUAUUGAUGCAUGUGGUAGUCUUGCAAACCAGUAUACAAAUUUGGGAAGAGGUAAUAAAGGAAAUUCCUGAUAUAAUAGGUGCACCACUGCCUUUAAGCCCCAAACUGUGGCUAGUAUCAAUUUUUGAUGGGACAAAUGCGGACUUAAUAUGUAAACUACUUUUUCUAUUAAUAGCUGCUCAUUUGACCAAAUCACAGGACUGGGAGGAGUUGUUGGGGUUUGUUUGUCGUUUGUUUGAAGAUUUAUGUCCAUAAAGUAAUGUUUAUUCUCACGUCUGAGAAACUGACUUAUGAAACUUACUUGGGGUGCAGCUAAAUCUCCAUUGGUUACUUAUAUGAUUAGUCAAUCAUAGAGAUGGCAAGUUCUGAUGGAAUAUGCCUUUAUUUGGUGUUCACAUUAUUUGGUUUGUAGUCUUUUAGUGUCGGGUUGUAUCUUGUAUGGCAUAGCAGAAUUGGCUGCAUAGAAUCAUAGAGUUGGAAGGGACCUCAAGGUUCAUCUAGUCCAACCCUCCAAUGCAGGAACCUCAACACAAGGUCCCCCAUCCAAUUUGAAACCAUAUUGGACCCUGCUUAGUUUUGCAAUUGUGCUAGCAGUUUUAUUGCUGCACCACUGGGAGGCCAUAAGCCACAUUCUACAUUUGUAAGAACUCCAAUAUUUUAGUGUGGCAUCAUCUGCACUUUGGAACUCCCUGCCUAUUGAUAUCAGGCAGGCUGCCUUCACCGUACUCUUUUUUUUGGUGCCUGCUAAAAACAUUUUGGUUUAGACAGGCCUACACAGAUGCUUAGAAGGUCGCUGUGAGUCUUAAUCUGUUUUUAAUUUGUUUUAAGCUUCCAAAUGGGACGCGGGUGGCGCUGUGGGUUAAACCACAGAGCCUAGAGCUUGCUGAUCGGAAGGUCGGCGGUUUGAAUCCCUGCGAUGGGGUGAGCUCCCAUUGCUCGAUCCCUGCUCCUGCCAACCUAGCAGUUCGAAAGCACAUCAAAAGUGCAAGUAGAUAAAUAGGUACCGCUCCGGCGGGAAGGUAAACGGCGUUUCCGUGCACUGCUCUGGUUCGCCAGAAGCGGCUUAGUCAUGCUGGCCACAUGACCCGGAAGCUGUAUGCCGGCUCCCUCGGCCGAUAAAGCGAGAUGAGCGCCGCAACCCCAGAGUCGGCCACAACUGGACCUAAUGGUCAGGGGUCCCUUUACCUUUACUAAGCUUCCAAAUGCCUUAAAUUAUUGCUUGGUGAUAAUUUUAUCGUUUUAUCUUUUUUUGUGUUUGUGUAAACCAGGGGUGGCCAACUCCCAAGAGACUGCGAUCUACUCACAGAUUUAAAAACUGGCUUUUUUAGGGAAGAGGAAGGCCCGUUCUUUAGGGGUUCAGGUCAAAGUUCUUGAGCUUCUUUUUAUGGGCUGCAGGGCUAAAAUGUUUAGCUUUUUUUAGGGGAGCCAAAGUUCUUGGGCUUCUUUGCGGGGAGCCAGUGAUCUACUAGUGAUCUACCACAGACGUCCAGUGAUCUACCGGUAGAUCCCGAUCUACCUGUUGGCCAUGCCUGGUGUAAACCAUUUUGAGGUUGUAUUUUUACAGUCAAGUGGUGUAUACUGUUGGCUAUUUGCAGUUUAGUUGCACUGCAGAAAGCUUGCUGGGGAGACCACGCAUUACAAGGAACUUAAAAAUAACUUUAACAAGGUUUUAAUAACAAAAACAAAAACUCCUUUUACACUAAAUAUAUCAACAAGCAUAACCCAUCCCCCAGGGUUACUGAGAGAGCUAGGUGCUGCUCUUUACAUACUAUACCCAAUUGCUGACACAGCUUAAUUAACACAACUUAGCAGCACCAGCUAUGCUGUUUCACAGCUGUAAAACUGGGUCUCGAUAUUUGCUCUGGUCCUUAAAGACAUACACAUCUGGUGGAACAAUAAUGAACCUUCACAUUUAAAGAGACCAUUCAACAUUUUGAGGUUGUAUUUUUACAGUCAAGUGGUGCAUACAAUUUAUGAAUUGUAUACUGAGCUUUUCCAUGAACCGCCUGCCUCUCUCCCUCCCCAGGGCAUCGGUAACACAUUCCAAGGUGGCGCCAACUGCAUUAUGUUCGUCCUUUGCACGCGGGUCGUCCGGAACAAGCUUCUUUCCUACCUGUGCUGCUGGAGAUCCAGUACCCCGGGGCAUUCCCUGGCGAGCCCAGAGAGCCACUCCCAGGGCCCUGAUUCGGCCACCAAGGACUGGGGGGAUGCGCGAGAAGGCGACCGAGCGAGAGCGGAAUUCUCAAGCACCUGAUCCUCCAAUGAACGCCCCUGUUUCAAUGGAAGACGGGGCCUUGUCCAGUCAGGAUUUUAUCUGUGAGUGUUUUCAGCUUUUGAGGGCUUCUGGCAAAGAUUUGGGGCUGCCCCCAACUCGAAGCUGACCCACUGAAAUGAAUGUACCUCAGCCAUGCUCAUUUGUGACAGUGAGUCUACUCUUGAGUCAAACCUAAAACCCUUGGCCAGGUAUUUCACAAAACGCGGAAUCGAGGCUGCCUCCACACUGAGAAUUUACUGUGGACUAGCCGCGCUCUGUUCACUCACAUUUUGUGCGGCGUCUGCACAGGGUCGUUAGCAAAACGUAUCCUGUUUCCCUUUUUUGGCUUCUCUCCCCCCCCGCAACCUGCAACAGAAACCCGACUUUUUAAAAAUGCAGUAGAAUUUCCCCUGACACAGAAUGCAGAUGGUGCUGCUAUUCUGGCAAAUUACAUUGCUGGAGCCGUUUUCGAGGUUGUGCCCUCUAGCCACUUCCUUCUCUAUGGUCUGCCUCUCCUCCCUAGGAAUUAAUCCCUAGCAUCUCCAGGGAGGCUGAGAAUGUCCCCUGCCUGAAGACUCUGUAGAAGGUGUCUUCCUUCCUAUGCUCCUCAGGGGGGAGGUGGAAAUGGAAGGGAUGUUUCUGAGCCAUAGCUGUCAACCGUCCCUUAUUUGGCGGGAAAGUCCCUUAUCCCAGCGCUGUGUCCUGCUGCUGUCCGUUAUUGAUGAUGUCCCUUAACUUUCCCGGGUUUCAAAGGAAGCAGCUCCUCUCCCUUCCUCCCUGACAGCCAGGGAGGAGGGAGGCUCCAACUGUGUUGCUUGGCUGCGUUGCUCACCCAAUAAGGAGUCUAAGAACAACUGGGGGGUGGAGUUUGCAUGCCUUGUGCCUAUCAAAUCGGCCGCGUUGCCUGGAGACUCGCCUUUGCUCAGAGCUUCCCAGCGGAGAGGUGACGGUGGUUUUCCUUGCUGCAUCCCCUUUGCUGGGUUGCUGCGCCGUGGGAACCACCGCUUGAGGCUUCGUUUGGCUGCUGGCUGGACUUUCUGCCUUUGGCUCGGAGGGGCUCAGAAGUUGAACAUACCUGUGCCCGGAAAAUCCCUUAUUUUGGCUGCUGAUCCCUUAUUUUCGAGGCUGCUGGUCCUUUAUUUUCAAAUCUGUAAGUUGACAGCUAUGUUCUGAGCACAACUAGCUCUCCUCUCACUGACUCACUCUUUGUUUUGCUGUCUGGGCAGGUAACAGAAAUGCCUCCAAGUGCCUACAGAGGGAGCUACUUGCCUGAGAAAAAAGUAGUCAAAGUUUUCACGGGUCUGCGGUGAGGGGGCUUUUACGAUGAACGUGCCCCUUUCUGGAAUCCAGUUCCUCGACUGACUUUUCACUUCUCUCUCUCUCUCUCUCUUUUAUCAUGGGGGCGUUGCAAAGAUACUUCCCAGCUUCCACUUUUAAUUCUCCUCCUCUAAGGCUUGUUUUAGUGCUGUAUUUUUCUUUUAAGAGACUUGGGGAAUUCUCAAAGCUUUAGCAAGGGCUUCUUUUCAGGCGGGGAAGAAGGCGAGGGAGAAAACCCUGUAAGGGAUUUGACUGUUGCAGAUUCACUCCAAAGAGAGGAAGUGCUCCAGAUUUUAGGUUUUGCAUGGUUGGUUGAUUUACAGCGGCUGGUGCGUUCCAAAGACCCUCCAGGUGUUUUCGACUGACUACAACUCUCAUCAGCCCAAACCAGCUUGCCAGAACAUUGGGUCUCCACGCAGAGAGGUGGGUUUUUCUUUCAAAGUGUGCUCAAUUCAGAAAUUUCUACAGGAUGAAAGAAGAGAGGAAGAGUCUGUGAUUCGCUACAGAGCUUUACUGUGCAAAUAGAUAUAACCCGUGAAACUCCCUGGACUUGUAUCUUUCCAGAGGACUGUGGACUGAACACUGUUUAAAAAGACCGUGUUUCCUGUUGGAAUUGUCAUAAUUAUGCACUGGAGUUUUGUGUGCGGUUUUUUUAAUUUUAUUUUUUUUUUAAUAAAACAAGUAGACAGAGACUAACUUUGAGCUGCUACCUUAAGUUUUCUGGUUUUUCUUUCUUUCAAUUUUUUUUAAAGAAAUGAAUAAAUAAAGUAGCUACCAUUUUGGUGAACAACCUUUAAGAACUACGAAUCCUCUGUCUAUCUAUCUAUCGUUACUGUUGUUUUAAUUUCGAUUCAUGCGUCCCUUCCCAUGAAGUAUCCUGGAGCGAUUUGCAAUAGGAGAACAUAUGUAAAAACAUUUAUAUAAUUAUAAUAUAUUUUUUUAAAAAAAACAAGUUUAAAGCAACAAAAGCCCAUAUAUAAAAUCAGAUUUCAAAUCCAAGACAGGAUCUUUAUCCACUGGGAUAAAGAUUUAGAAGGCUCUUUGAAAGAGGGAAUAUUUAGCAGGAACAUAUUUAGCUAGAGCUGGCAUGAGUCUGAAUGCUGGGAAUCGCUCUUGCAGGGAGAGUACUCUUGCACUCAUAACCUGUUUGUGGGCAUCCCAUAAUAGGCAUCUGGUUGGCCACUGUGAAGACCGAGUGCUGGUCUAGGUGGGCCAUUGGCUUCAUGCUGCAGGUUAUACCAGUUCUGUUGUGCUGGCAACAGUUCUGAUAUGCUCCUACAUUGGCCUUCUCUAUUGGGCCUUCCAACUGUCAACAGCUGCUUUCCCCGGAAUCUUCCAGCUUCCUUCCUCUGAUUGGCUCUUGCCAUACCGUCUGCCUUUUGAUGUCUUCCUUUCAAGGGAAAACAGAGCUUGGCUGAUCCCCCCCCCCCCCCGCUCUCCUUGCCAGGGCAAAAAGCUGUGGUAAGUUUCCGUGCCUCUGGAGGAAUGCACCAGGUGUGUGGGGUGGCUCCAUAAUGGAGGGGCUUCACCGCUACCCACUUCUGGGAUUCUUGAUCCAAUCGACCGCCCUGAGAGAGAACGGCUGAAGUUCCAGCUUUCGACUUUGCUUCAAUCUGGGAGUGGGGGAACCAGCCCCCCUUCCAGAUGUUGUGGGACUACAACUACUGUCUCUGCCAGCAGCUGGGAUGGAUGGGAAUUGGGAGUACAACAAUGUUUGGAGGUUCCCUCGUCCCCUUUUUAAUCUGUCUUACUAACGGCCAGAGCAGCCACUCAUGCAGAGACAUGGCAGGGAGCCUCCUUUCCGAAUGGUGCUCCUGCGGGCUUUUCAGAUAUUGCUGGACUACAAAUCCCACCAUCCCUGAUCCCUAAUCAAAGUGUUUGGGGGAUUGUAGAUCUGGGAGGUCUCCUAGGAACUCUCAGCACCCUUACCACACUGCAGCACCCAGGACAACAACAAAUUAUUUUUUGGAAUUGUUGAUUUCAGAAAACUUUUUUAAAAAGGUUUUUAUUAAAUACUUUCUUGUGUUACAAAACAAAUAAACAGGGGAAAGCAUGUCUGUGACCCCACUACCAAUUCAUAGAGUCCUUUUCACAGUUCUUUUAUAUGUGGUGGGAGACACUUUUGUCGUAGACAUCUUGCAGUUGGGGGGGAGAGAAGGGAGGGAGAGAGAUGGGGUUUUUGUUCUUAUAAUAAUAAUAAUAAUAAUAUAAUUUAUUAUUUAUACCCCAGCCACUCUGGGCUGCUCCCAACAGAAUAUAAUAAUAAAAAAGCGAUAAAACAUCAAACAUUAAAAACUUCCCUAAACAGGGCUGCCUAAAAGUCAGAUAGUUGUUUGUUUCCUUGACAUCUGAUGGGAGGGUGUUUCACAGGGCACCACUACCGAGAAGGCCCUGUGCCUGGUUCCCUGUAACCUCGCAGUGAGGGAACCACCAGAAGGCCCUUGGAGCUGGACCUCAGUGUCUGGGCUGAAUGAUGGGGAUGGAGACGCUCCUUCAGGUAUACUGGGCCAAGGUUGUUUUGUUCUGUUGCACAGUGUUAGUGUAGGGAUUUGUGUCAGCAUCACACAGGUAUAUCCUUUGUUACAAAGAAGCUGCACUGCAAUCAUGAACGCAAACCAACCAAACUCUGGAGCCCUUAAUCUCUUGCAAUGUCAAUAAAAACAAACAACAAACUGUGUAAAGAAAGCAUUGCAAAAAUACAUGGUUGCAUGUAAAAAUGUUACAUUAAUACAAAGUUACCAAUAUAUAGAAAUCAAUAUCGGUUAAUUUUCCUUCCGACACACCCUCCCUCUCAGACUCUGGGUUUUCACCCCAGGGUCCAAACAAACUCUCAGCUCACCCACAAAAGUCUCAUAACCAAAAGAGUUCCUGGAAACAGCAAAUGUCGCCUUAGUCUCUCAUUGUACGCUUGCUUUUUAUGAGCAGGCCCAAGGUGGAUGUUACCUCCCUAGGCUGCUACAGCUGUGCCCAUUCAGCUGCCUUCUCCACACUCAGUUCCAGGUACAAUAGGUUUGUUGAUUUCCCCAGGGGGUCCAGAGGAUGGGGAAGGGGCCCCCUUCCACUCACAGCUCUUUCUUCACCCUCUGUCCUCUCCUCCUCCGACUCCUCUAGUUGAUACCAUCUUGGAACACCCAAAUUCUUCUUUCUCCCUACAGCUCCUUGCCUAUUUUUCACCCAUACCCAGGGAACUAUGGAAACUUCGAAUACUUCAAUUCCCAAACGCAAGAAAAAGGUGAGUUCAGAUGCAUCCUGGCUCCCCCUGGUGAGAUUCAAAUCAAAAUCAGCCACAAUGGUUCAAAGUUCUAAAGCUGGGCAAAGCAAAUGGGUACCAGAACUCCCCACUGUCCCUCCUCAUUGGCCAUGCUGGCUGGGACUGAUGCGAGUUCGAGUCCAGCAACAAUUGAAGGCCGUCAUCUUAGCCAGUGUGGUAUGGUGGUGAGGGUGUCCAAUGAAGACCUGGGAGACCAAAUCCCCACUUGGCCAUGAAGUGAAGAAGAAGAAGAAGAAGGGGCCACUCAUGCAGAGAUGCAGCAGGCAGCCUCCUACCUUGAUGAUGUCCCAGCUCCCAGACACAUUUAGUCCAGGGAUGGGCAGCCUGUGGAUUUCCAUAUGUUGUUGGACUACAACUCCCAUCCUCCCUGACCGUUGGCCAGGCUGUUUUUGGGCAGAUGGAAGUUGAAAUCCAACCAAAUCUGGGGAGCUGGAGGCAAAGUUUGUUUCUGCCUUUGCUGUCGCCUCUGCUUCUUUGCAGUUGGAUUUAUCCCUAGUAGUAGUAGUAGUAGUACAGUGGUACCUCUGGUUAUAAGCUUAAUUCGUUCCGGAGGUCUGUUCUUAACCUGAAACCGUUCUUAACCUGAGGUACCACUUUAGCUAAUGUGGCCUCCCACUGCCACCGCACCGCCAGCACACGAUUUCUGUUCUCAUCCUGCGGUAAAGUUCUUAACCUGAGGUACUAUUUCUGGGUUAGCGGAGUCUAUAAUCUGAAGUGUUUGUAACCCAAGGUACCACUGUAAUUAAUUAGUUAGUGCCCAUCUAACUGGAUGGCCGCUCUGGGUGGCUUCAAACAAAUUUAAAAGUGAGACAUCAAACAUUCAAAACUUCCCUAUAAAGGACAGCCUUCAGAUGCCUUCUAAAAGUCAGAUAGUUGUUUGUUUCCUUGACAUCUGAUGGGAGGCAUGACUACCGAGAAGGCCCUCUGUCUGGUUCCAUUGUAACCUCACUUUUCUCAGUGAGGGAAUUGCCAGAAAGCCCUCGGAGCUGGACCUCAGUGUCCGGGCUGAAUGAUGGGGGUGGAGACUCUCCUUCAGGUAUGCAGGGCCAAAGCCAUUCAGGGCUUUAAAGGUCAGCACCAACUCUUUGAAUUGUGCUCAGAAAAUGUUUCCCAAGAAGGGGUGGGCUCUUCACCGAUAGGGCAGGUGCUGGAGUCACCCCAAUGGCUUGUGAAGUCGUGCUCAGGGUUUCUGGUGCCGUGGGAUGUACCACUCACCUGAAACACCCACACCCACCCGUCCUACUUAGCAUGCAAAUUGCUGCCUCUCAGCCUGCCCGGACUGUAGGUCCUGCUCACUGAAUCAGGACAACCGUGCCUGUGCAAUUUUUGCCUCCUAAUGUAGCCUGGGGAUUGUGGCAGACCACAUUUGGCCACUGGCUGAGAGAGGCAGUGACUGGCCCAAGUUCACCCCAGUAAACGUCAUGGUGGAGCAGGGGAUUCAAACCCUGGUAUCCCAAGACCCAGACCGAUAUGCUAACCACUACACCACACUCUCUCUGGAGUGUCUGGCCAUGCUUCGUUUUAUGGGUAGGGCUGGGUUUUCACUAGUAGGUGUCUCUAACACACCUGCACAGUGUACAACCAGCAACCCUGUCUACUGCUCUUUCCUAUAGGAACUGACAUCCGGACUUCUAAUUGCUACAGUGAUUCCCUCCAUUGGAUCCUUGCAACUGGGAUACAUCUACUGGGUUGUCCUCAACCCAGUGACGGUAUGCCAGCCCUAUCAUCUGUGGGACUACUUAGAAUCAUGGAACUGUAAGAGUUGGAAGGGAACUCCAAGAGUCAUCUAGUCCAACCCCGUGCAAUGCAGGAAUCUACAUAGGGCAGGGGUGGGCCAAUGCAUUCGCUUGGAAAAGCCGUAGCUCAGCAGCGGAGCAUCUGCUUUGCAUGCAGGAGUCUCCUGGUUCAAAACCCGUAACAUCCCCGAGCAGGGCUGGGAAAGAUCAGAAUCUGAAACCUCAAGAGCAGCUGCCAGUCAGUGCAGACACUACUAGGCUAGAUUGGGGGGGGAUGCUUCUACUGGUUCUACCAGGGACUUAGGUGGUGUCAUGGGCUGUUUGGACACAGAGGAUUGGUGGAGGGCACCAGCUGGGGAGCCCCCAAUGGAAGAAAGUGGUGGGAUGACAAAGAAUGGUCAGAGGCAGAAGACUGGGGAAAGGAGGUGUCAGAGCUGAAGAGGUAGCAGGGUUGAGUGAGCAGGGGGAGUCUGUGGGCCAUAGCUCAGUUUUAGAGGGCAAAGGUUGCAUGUGGGGUGGUCCCAGGGCAACCCAAAGCAUUUCUAGUUACUGUUUUUGCUGAGGGCAGCAGGUGAUGGUAAAGAGCUCUGCUUGAGACUCUGGGAAACUGCUGCCAUUCAGAGUACAGUGGUACCUUGGUUCCCAAACUUAAUCCGUUCUGGAAGUCCGUUCCAAAACCAAGGUGCGCUUUCCCAUAGAAAGUAAUGCAAAAUGGAUUAAUCGGUUCCAGACUUUUAAAAACAACCCCUAAAACAGCAAUUUAACAUGAAUUUUACUAUCUCAUGAGACCCUUGACCCAUAAAAUGAAAGCAAUAAACAAUGUACUGCGGUCACACAAUCAAUCAAUCAAUCAGUAGCUGAAUUGGGUUCCACACAGUCACAGAAACAAAACAAAAAGAGCCGCAAAAACAAAAACGCAAAAUAAAUAGCAAAAACAAACAGACCUCAGUGUAAUGUUCAAAAUGGAAGCGUGGCACUCAAAUCGGAAUUGUAACACUCAAAACAGAGCAUGUUUGGCUUCUGAAAAAGUUCGCAAACUGGAACGCUUACUUCCGGGUUUGCAGUGUUUGGGUUCCAAGUUGUUUGAGUACCAAGGCGUUUGAGAACCAGGGUACCGCUGUAGGUGAUACUGCGCUGGAUGGUAUAAGUUAGUUUCCUGUGUCUCAGAUCCUGUGUGCUUGUCCCACUCUCUUUCAUCUGAUGUCUCUCUUCCACUUAGGUCUCACAUAUAAAUUCCAACAUAACGGAAGAGACCGAAAGGAUGGACAUCAGAAUCGAAGAGACUCUGAGUGGCCGGAUGGCCUUUAACGCUAUGGUCUUCCCAAUUGGAGGCAUCAUUGGGUCGCUGAUGCUCAGCACCUUGGUGGAUAGCUGCGGCAGGUACAGAGAUAAUAGGGGGAUGGAGAACAGUAGGCACAGCAAGAGGUGUUGGGGGUGGGGAAUAUGACUAUCACUGACCCACAUCCCCCACUGAUCUCUAGUUAAGCUAUGUGUUGGGUCAAUGCCUUAGAAACAUAGGAAAACACAACACAAAGGAAUACAGAUAAAUAAAGAAACGCGGCUCACAUGACUCUGUAUGCAGUUAUAUAGAACUUAUAUAAAAGACAACAUGUAAAAAAAAGACAUUUAUAUUCCACCAAGCAUCCAUUUCUUUAAAUAUAGCCUUUACAUAAUACACGGGUGGCGCUGUGGGUUAAACCACAGAACCUAGGACUUGCCAAUCAGAAAGUCGGCGGUUCGAAUCCCCGCGACGGGGUGAGCUCCUGUUGCUUGCUCCCUGCUCCUUCCUACCUAGCAGUUCAAAAGCAUGUCAAAGUGCAAGUAGAUAAAUAGGUACCGCUCCGGCGGGAAGGUAAACAGCGUUUCCGUGGGCUGCUCUGGUUCGCCAGAAGCGGCUCAGUCAUGCUGGCCAUAUGACCCGGAAGCUGUACGCCGGCUCCCUUGGCCAAUAAAGCGAGAUGAGCGCCACAACCCCAGAGUCGGUCACGACUGGACUGAAUGGUCAGGGGUCCCUUUACCUUUACAUAAUAUAUACAAUACCAAAAAGAUGCUCAAUAUGGGACGACUCAAAACCAAAUUUCCGUCCAAAUGUUCCUUCAUUCAACACAGAGAAAAGAAUCUCUGCAAAUAUACUUAUUGCUAAAGGAUAAUCCACAAACAGGAUAGAGUCAUAAAACUGUAGAGCUGGAAGGGACCCAAAGAGUUAUCUAGUCCAGCCUCCUGUAAUGCAGGAAUCUACAUAGAGCAGGGGUAAAAAGGUAAAGGGACCCCUGACCAUUAGGUCCAGUCGUGACCGACUCUGGGGUUGCGGCACUCAUCUUGCUUUAUUGGUCGAGGGAGCCGGCGUACAGCUUCCGGGUCAUGUGGCCAGCAUGACUAAGCCGCUUCUGGCGAACCAGAGCAGCGCACGGAAACACCGUUUACCUUCCCGCUGGAGUGGUACCUAUUUAUCUACUUGCACUUUGACGUGCUUUCGAACUGCUAGGUUGGCAGGAGCAGGGACCGAGCAACGGGAGCUCACCCCGUCGCGGGGAUUCGAACCACCGACCUUCUGAUCGGCAAGUCCUAGGUCAAUGCAUUUGCUUGGGAAAGUUGUAGCUCAGCAGCAGAGCAUCCGCUUUGCAAGCAGGAGUCUUCUGCUCUCGAUCGCUCAAACCGCAGUAGUAGUGCCCCAGCUGUGUGAAAUCCCAUGUGGAACUCAGAAGACAACAAAACCACUUGGUGAAAAAAUCUGUUUCAAAUAUCUUCCUGUGGUUGGCCUGGAAUGGACUGAAGACGGCAAAACUCCUGCUCAAGGAGAUAAGUCGGCUGCAUACACUUGCUCAUUCUAUAAGGGCUGAUUGCACAUGGUGGAAUACACGUCUAAUUUUUUAUGUUUUGUCUUUGGGCUGUUUCAGACUGUUGGUUCAUCUGAAUCAGUAGACCAGGGGUCAGCAAACUUUUUCAGCAGGGAGCCAGUCCACUGUCCCUCCGGCCUUGUGGGGGGCCGGACUAUACAGUGGUACCUCAGGUUAAGUACUUAAUUCGUUCCGGAGGUCCGUACUUAAUCUGGAACUGUUCUUAACCUGAAGCACCACUUUAGCUAAUGGGGCCUCCUGCUGCCGCUGCGCUGCUGGAUCACGAUUUCUGUUUUCAUCCUGAAGCAAAGUUCUUAACCUGAAGCACUAUUUCUGGGUUAGCGGAGUCUGUAACCUGAAGCAUAUGUAACCUGAAGCGUAUGUAACCCGAGGUACUACUGUAUUAAUAAAAAAUAAAAAAUGAACGAAUUCCUAUGCCCCACAAAUAACCCAGAGAUGCAUUUUAAACAAAAACACACAUUCUACUCAUGUAAAAACACUCUGAUUCCUGGACCAUCCACGGGCCGGAUUUAGAAGGCGAUUGGGCCGGAUCCGGCCCCCGGGCCUUAGUUUGCCUACCCAUGCAGUAGACAAUCAGCGUUGUCUACACUGACUGGCAGCAGCACUUCAGGGCCUUGUGGCAACUCCGCAGCUGCCCUCCCUCCUCUACUUUUUUCGCUGCUUGGGGCCUGCUCAUCUCCUCCUCACCCCCUUUCUGCUGUCUUUUCAGGAGACGCUCCUUGAUGCUCAAUAAUGCUGCAGCCGCCGUUGCCUGUGGAUUAAUGGGUGCUUCCGAUGCAGGGAAAUUCUACGACUUUGGCAUUUUUGCUCGCUUCCUCGUCGGGAUAUCUUCAGGUGAAAAAAAAGCGCACCGCAUGUAGUCUUUGAAUUGCCUUUUAACAAAUCCAAGCCAAACAAAAGCAGAAAGCUGCCUUGAACCCGUGUCUGUGGUUUGACGCUUUGACUCCUGAACCCAGAUGCCUAGGCUGCUUAUCAGCAUUAAAAAGUUAAGGAGCUGUGCACAAUGUUAAUCCUACUCAGAGUAGACCUGUUGGAAAUAAUAGGCGUGACUAACUUAGGGCUGAGUUGGCUCCCAUUUGCAAUGUACGUUUAAAGCAGUAUCAUACCACUUUAAAUACUUCUCCAAUAGAGGAUUCUGUUUCAACUUUUAAACCCCUCUGGGCAGCUUUCAACAGAAUGUUAAAAACACGAUAAAACAUCAAACAUUAAAAACUUCCUUAAACAGGGUUGCCUUCAGAUGCCUUAUAAAAGUCAGAUAGUUGUUUAUUUCUUUGACAUCUGAUGGGAGGGCGUUCCACAGGGCAGGUGCCACUACUGAGAAGGCCCUCUGCCUGGUUCCCUGCAGGGUAAUUUUUUUCCAUUUGUCUCUCCAGCUCUGACCAGCGCACUUCUCGUUUUCUUGCUGUGCAUCAUUUUUAUUUAUUUAUUUUACUUUCCCCCUGUUUAGUGCUCCUAAAAAAAAAAGGUGAUCAAGUGAUCUAGGUGCAAAAUUUGUGUGUAUUCCCGCUCGUUUGUGAUGGCUCCAAUCGCAACUUUAUUUUCUGUCUUUAAUAAUAUGUAUUCAAUAAUACAUAUUGGAAAGAUCCCGUUUCCUUUUACGUAUGUCAAAUGAUUGUCUGAUUCAUCUGGUUUCCUGGUUUUCUGAUUCUCUUCUGAUUCCCUGCCAUGGGUGGGCGCAGCUGAAGGUGGAGAAAACAUGAGAAGCAGGCUAUACAGUAAUGGAGUCAUAGAACUGUAGAGUUGGAAAGGACCCCAGGGUCAUCUAGUCCAACCCCCUGCAAUGCAGGAAUCUUUUGCCCAAUGUGGGGUUCAAACCAACGACCCUGAGAUUCAGAGUCUUGUGCUCUACUGACCAGGCUAUCGCAGUUAUAUUGAUUAUAGGAAGAAUAAAUGGGAUAACGUAGGGUUUCUGGGGUCUUUCCCCAAGUAAAAUUAGAGGCAAAAAUCCCAGGUGGGAACAUGCAGUCCCAGACCAAAUAGAAAAUGUGGCAAAGAGGUAUGGACUUAAGAGAAAGUGUGGCUGGGCUCUGAGUUCAAGUGGUGGGAGGCAGAACGGCUGGGACCAGCAAAGUUCUACUCACAGCAAACCCACUGAUAUUAACAGAGUUAGUUGUGUGCACUAGUCUGUUCAGAGCAGGAUUAAUAGUGGUUGCAGCCGUAUGCCACAAAUGUUGAAGUAACGCCAUGGAUGAGGUCCCUCUGCCAGUUGUGCCUGUGACCCUUUGAUUCUCAUUUAACCAGGCUUGUUUUCCACUAUGAUCCCGUUAUAUGUUGGAGAGCUCGCCCCCGUAAGCAUGAGGGGGGCCUUCACGAUGAUGUCCAUACUGUUCUUCACUGUGGGUCUCCUCUUGGCUCAGGCCAUCAGCAGUCCCAACAUCCUUGGGAACAAGAAACGUAAGUUGGAGAAAAGAGGGCGGGGUCAGGGAUGUGGGGGUAGCGCUAUGGUCUAAACCACUGAGCCUCUUGGACUUGCCAAUCAGAAGGUCGGCCGUUCGAAUCCGUGCGACGGGGUGAGCUCCCGUUGCUCUGUCCUAGCUCCUGCCAACCUGGCAGUUUGAAAGUAUGCCAGUGCAAGUAGAUAAAUAGGUACCACUGUGAUGGGAAAGUAAACGGCAUUUCCGUGCGUUCUGGUUUUCGUCACGGUGUUCCGCUGCGCCAGAAGCAGUUUAGUCAUGCUGGCCACAUGACCCAGAAAGCUGUGGACAAAUGGCGGCUCCCUCGGCCUGAAAGCGAGAUGAACGCCGCAACCCCAUAGUCGCCUUUGACUGGGCUUAACCCUCCAGGGGUCCUUUGCCUUUUACAUCCUAUGAUAUGUAGGCAGACUAGGCAUGGCAUCCUACUUCAUAAUUAAGAAGAGCCAAUUUUAAACAACUUUUUAAUCUCAUCGUGUAUCAUUUCCCCAAAUACCCUUGCUUUCUUGCAAGCCCACCACAUAUAUAGUAGAUACAGUGGAACCUCAGGUUGCAAACGUGAUCCGUGCGGGAGACACGUUUGCAACUCACAGCAUUCGCAACCUGCAGCACUGCAUCUGCGCACGCGUGGGUCACGAUUCAGCACUUCUGUGCAUGCGCAAAGCACCGAAACCCGGAAGUAACCCGUUUCAGUACUUCCGGGUUCGGUGCGUGCACAACCCGAAAACGUGUAACCUGAAGCGUCUGUAACCCGAGGUACCACUGUAUAUACAAUCCAUCUACCUUCUUUACACUUUCAGCAAUUGUUAGGAACCUUCUUAUAUAGUUUAGAUCAUUUGUUAAAAUGAGUAUACCAAAAAAGAAGCCAGAAGCAUUUUUCUAUGAGGGAUUAUAGGCAUAAAUCCCAAAGAAAAUGUUAAAGUUGUUUAUAUAUGUAACGACAACAGCUUUAUGUGCAGAAAUGGAAGGAAGGAAGAAGUUCCCACCAAAGAAGAAUGAAUAAGUGAGAUAAUGGACUAUACAGAACUGGCAAAAUUAAGAGAAUCUCACGAUGAUCGUUUUAUGGAAGAAUGGAUGUCUUUUUUGAACUGCUUAGAGAAAUAUUAUAGUAUGAUGAACUCACGAGCGAGAUGCGAGCAAUGAGCAACUGAAGUAAUUAGAUUAUAAUAUAGAAGAUAGGGGGCAGCAGAAGCGGAGAAACCACAAAUCCAUGGAAAACGGGUUGGGAGGUCAAAAAAAUAAGAGAAAAGAUGAAAAUGUGCUUUGAUUGUAUAUGUUUAAAAAGUUGAAACUUAAUAAAACAUAAUUGAAAAGAAAAACAUAACAAGAGCCUUCCAGAGCAGGCCAGUUGCCAUCAAUCGCCCUUUCCUCCAUGAGUUUGUCUUUUAAAACCAUCUAAUUUGGUGGCCACCCUGGCCUCUUGUGGAAGUGAGUUCCACAGUUCAGCUCUUCCUGUGGUUGGCCCCUUCUUUUCUCUGUCCUGCAUUCAGUUUUGCAGGUUGUGUCUUGGUCCUGGCAUUAGGAGAGGGGGAGAAAAGUGCUCCCCCCUCCACUGCCUCCACUCCAUGCUUCACUUUGUAAACGUACCUUGUCGCGACUUAUUCACUUGUCUCGUUUUCUUAGGUCUGCCAGUGAUGCUGGGCCUGACUGGGAUAGUUGCUUUCUUCAACAUCCCGCUCCUGCUCCUGUGCCCUGAAAGUCCUCGCUACCUGUUUAUUCAGAUGAAGAACGAAGCAAAAGCGAGGAAAGGUAGGCUGGCUUUGUAGCUUUGUGUUAUGUACUGAAGUUCUCACCCUGGGCCAGCAGGGGGAUACUGUAGAUAGUUUUCACUCAGGUCCACAUAUGCAAAUAAGGGAUUGAAAGUGACAUUCAGUGAUUGGAUAGUUACAGAAAAUGGUUACUGUUGCGUUCUAGUGGAGCUCUAUAUAAGCAGGCUGGCUGAACCCUUCAGUUCAGUUCUGUUCUGGCCUGUGAAUAAACAAGAGCUGUUUGAAACAUUGCUGUGUCGUCUGAUAUGUUCACCCACAACUGAACUCUUUGUAUGCAGAAGGCCCCCGGGCCCAAUCCCUGGUGUCUCCAGGUAAGGCUGCGAGGAGGUGGGAAGUGAUAUCGGGAUUGACAGUGAAGCGUUUGCUCCUCCUGCCCGUCAAAGUUUGCCUGGGCUGUGACUGAUGUCAGACCCUCCAAGUUUCCCUAUUUUCCAGGCCUGGGAUUACAGAAGCCAUCCCAGUUUCUGAUUUGAUCCUGGAAUGUCCCACUUUCCCAUAGGACGUCCCUAUUUAACAUCGGAUAAAUAUUGGAGGGUAUGGUAGGGUGGCCCCUAUUUUCAUCGGCGAAAUGUUGGAGGGUUAUGGAGUCACGCAACCCUCAAGCGAAGGAGAUAAGUAAGUAUACAACCUUUAGGAGAUAAGUAAGUAUACAUCUGUAGGCAGUUUUAUUAUGUUUUUAUCCAUGUUGGAAGUCUCCCAGAGCAGCUGGGUUCAACCCAGUCAGAUGGCUGGGGCAUACACAAUAAAAGUAUGAUGGAAAAGGAUGUCUCUAUUUUCAUCGGAGAAAUGUUGGAGGGUAUGUGAUGUUUACGCUCUAGUCUGGACUGUGCAUAGUGCAUGAAUGCUCUUUCUUCCUCAGAUUCUCUCUCUCUAUCUCUCUCUCUCCCCACCCAGCCUUGAAAAUGCUCAGGAACAAGGUUGACAUGGAAAAUGAGAUCGAGGAGCUCCGAAAGGAGGAGAUGUAUGAGAUACAAGAAAAGGACAUGACGAUACUUUCGCUUCUGAAAAGCCAUAGUCUCCGCCGCCAAGUCAUCACCGUCGCCAUCUUGUUGGGGGGCCAGCAAUUUUCUGGCAUAAUUGGGGUGAGGAAGCCAAUGUUCCAAGUGGCUCCGGAGCUGUGGGAGAAGGGAUGAGGAACCUUUCUCUGCCGGGAGGGGGCAUGUUCCUGUCCCAGAAAGUGCCUGAGGGUCACAUGAUGUUGGUGAAACUCUUUGGCUCCUGUAAUAAUGGGGGAGACCCCCUAUUUUUUCAACUGGUGAAUGAAGGAAAGAAAGGGUUAAGGAAAGGAAGACCUGAAGGAAAGCGGACUGAGGCUUUUACGUCCUUCAGCAGUGAAAUGAUAUAGUAAAGCUGGACCCACAGUUGUGGCCAAAAUUGGCAGAUUUCAGGGAAGCCAGAUAACCUCCAGGGGAGAACUGAUAUUCUUUAAUGGUUCAGGAAUAUAUUUCUUCAAGCUCUUCUCGAACCAUUGAAGAAUUUCACUUAUGUUUGUCAGAAAAACAUCCUCUGAGAAGUUUUGCGCUAUAAUCAGCAUUCAGAGGCUGUAACACCAGGUUGCUGAUUUGUGUGUGUGCAUGCGUGCGUGUGUGCGCACACACACACACCAGACAAGGAAUUCCAGAACAUUCUCCCAGGUGAAGAAGUGGGGAACUGAAUCCAGCUGGAGGAGCAAUUUUGACACCCCCAGCUCUCGCAGGCCAAGUUUGACAGGGUGGGGGCAAUUGCCUUUGUUAUGUACUGAAGUUCUCGCCCUGGGCCAGCAGGGGGAUACUGUAGAUAGUUAUGCAAAUGAAAGAUUGAAAAGUGACGUUCAGUGAUUGGAUAGUUUUGAAUGCAAAUGAAGGAUCGAAAAGUGACGUUCAGUGAUUGGAUAGUUUUAGAAAAUGGCAACAGUUACAUUGUUCUGGAGCUCUAUAUAAGCAGGCUGACUGAGCUCCUCAGCUUAGUUCUGUUCCAGCUUACAAAAUAAAGAGCUGCUUUGGAGAAAUUGCUGUGUCGUCUGCUAUGUCAACCCACAACUUAACAGCCUCAUGUCACGUGUGGCAACCCUGUGUUGCUGUUUUUUGCCAGGCGUUUUAACUGAAUUCCAGUUUUGUCGUUUUAACCGAUUUUUAUUUUGUUGCCGUGUACACCUCUGAGGGAAGGAUGAAAUCAAAUGUGGGUGUAUUGCCUAGAAUAGAAUGCAUAAAUAAAUAUCCUCCUUCAUUGGAGGCAUUGAAACAGAGCUUGAAGGGCCACUUGCCAUGGGUUGGUUAGGCGCGAUUCCUUCAUUGCAGGAGAUGAACCUUGGGCUCCAUUCCAAUUCUUUGGCUUUAUGAUUCUAAAAUACAUUAAAGGCAACUCUCAUCAGCGAAGGGUUGUUUGGGGUGGUUUCUAUUUUAUUUCAUUUUGCUUUUUCCUCUUUCCUGAAAAUUCCCGGUAGCCGGCAUCAUCUUCCGCAGCUGAUGUCUUUGUUUGCUGUGAUCUGCUUGCAGGGCUACUUCUACGCAGAGAAAAUCUACAGGUCGCUUCUAAGCAAAGAGAGCCAUAUCUUUUAUAUGAAUUUGUGUGUGACGUGUUGGCUCUUGUUUGUGGCCUCCAUAAUGGUGAGCCAUCCCCUCUCUCCUUCCCUUUCAAAUCUCCAAACUCAAUCCCAGAGAGACUUGCAUUUGGCCUAUAGUUUUCCCACCCUACCAAUUAAAGAGAAGAAAGUUACAUGAUGUUGGCCAUUUAUCUAUUCACUCUGGCUUGUUGGCAAGGAGGGUUUAGAUAAGGCCACAUCAAAGCAACUUUUCUUUACGUUCCUCCAGAACUUUCCUUAUUGCAAAAAGUUUGAUCUUUUGAGGGAUUUUUUUUUGGGGGGGGAGCAGUUUUGUUGCGCAAGACACCCAAUCAAUUGUAUAGAAAACUUUUAACUCUUUUUAUUUAUAUUUUUAUGUUCCUUGUAAGCCGCUUAGCUUUCUUCCAGUCAAGCAGUAUGUAAAUUUUCUUAAAUAAACUAUAAACACUUGUAAGAAAUCGAUCUCUUAGCAUGGCAGCACCUAUGCUAUUGACAUCAGGCAGAUAGAUACCUUUGCUGUCUUCUUUUCAGCAACAAAAUUGGUUUAGGCCACAGUUAGUUUCGUUUUAUUUCUUUUUCUCCCGUUGGUUUUAAUAAUAUUUGGGAUAUUUUUAAAAAAUACAUUUUUAUUGAUAAUUUUUCAUAUUUCCUGUGAACUAAGAAGCUUCAUGACAAUCAAGUAGGAUAUAAUUUUUGUUAAAUAAAUACACGCAGGUAUUUGCAUGCAUUUAGGAAGUUUGUCUUGAGGAAGACAGCCCAGUUCCUUACUUGGUUUGCUGGUUGGCAGCAGCUAUUUUCGGGCAGAAACCAUGGAGAGAGGGAGAGGGGAGAUCUUGGAUUUAAAAUGUUCCCAUAGGAAAUAAUGGAAAUUAUCAGCUCAUUAUGUGAACACUAGCCUAAGGAACGAUUUCCUGGGAACGCCUUCUGUCUGGUAAGCGGGACCUGCAUGUAAAAUCAAUAAAUCAGCUGUAACUCUGCAACCUGAAGCUGUUGGCUGUGAUCAGAGGCUUCCUUUCUCUCUCUCACCCCCCCCCCCGCCUUUAUAUUCCCUAGAUGUCUGUGAUUGACUCUGUGGGGCGGAGGUUUCUCCUACUUCUGGGAUUUCUGAUCUGUAGCGUUGCCUGCGUCUUGCUAACCUUGACCCUCGAACUUCAGGUGAGUAAAUCGCGACCGGCAGAAUGCAGAGCUGAAUGUCGCUCAUUAAAAUUAGCUAUUCUGCUUUGAUUAGGCCAUUAUUAUAAUUAUAUAAUAAUUCUUAAUAAUAAUUCUUAAUAAUAAUUCUUAAUAAUAAUAAUAAUAAUAAUAAUAAUAAUAGUUAUUCUAACCUGGCCUUCACCAUAAACAACUCAGGUCCUCAAUACCUGAGGAACCUCCUCCUUCCCAGAAUCCUCUUGGAUUCUGAGAUUUCAGAAGCGGGCGCUUUUGUUAGUUUUGUUAGUUCCUCCACCCGCAGAGCCGCAGGGUGGUGGCAGUGGCGGCCAAGGAGAGAGAUUCCUCUACGGUGGCCCCUAAGUUAUGGAACUCCCCACAGAAGUGUGUUUGAUACCUUCCUUACGAAGCUUCUGGCAACUGCUGAAGACAUACCUCUUUGCCUUGGCUUUUGACCCUUGUGGUGUGUAUUUUUAGGACGCAGCUAAUUUUUUGAGAUUGCAAGCUGUUUUAAACUGUUUUUAAUAUUGUGUUUUAACCUGCCCUGGGACCUUAGGGUAAUAAAUCAAUCAAUGACAACAACCCCACGAUUCUUGAAAGAGAUGUUUCUAACCGAAACUGUUUUUAGAUUUUUAUUUUUAUUUUUAAAAAUCUCUUAACAACUUUUAUGACUGUUUCAGCUGUUUUUGUGAGAAUCAGUCCUACUAGAAAAACCAGCACAGACUGAGGUCAAAAAAGUAAGGGCAGAUUUCAUUCCAUUUGGCAUGAUUUUAUUUUCCAUGUCAAAAACAUAGAACAUAUCCACUCUCCCAGCUAUAAAUGCUGUGGAUAAUACAAUAAAAUGGGAAUACAUGCUUCUUCUUCUUUGGUGAUCACUCACAGCCGAAUAAGAUUGUCCUCCAUGAACAUGGUUUUAACAGAGCAUCUGUAAGUGACUGUAGAGGCCAGUUCUGGGUCCGCACAUCCUUCCACAAGUGGGGACAUAGGUUUCCAGGGGGGCAGUAAGGUUUGCUGGAAGUACACCCCCUAGAAAAUAAGAGAUAUCGAUGUUGAUCACAUUUUUACCUUUAUAAACUUGUUAUAUAAUUCCUUUUAUACCGUAAGUGUGAACUGUGUUACUGAUGUCUCUGGCCCCUCUCUUUAUCUCUCCUUUGAGAUUUCAUGCCUGUUUUCCAUGAUGAUUUUGUACUAAGCUUGAUAUUAUUUUCAUUAUUGCAUUUAUAUGCCACUUUUUAAUCCAGGUGGUGUACCUGCUUCUCUUCCCCCCCCCAUAGACUAGGUUUGAGAGGCAGUGACUUCGUCCAAGUUCACCCAGUAAGCUUCAUGGUCGAUUGGGGGAUUUGAACCCUGGUCUCCCAGGUCCCCAGGAUGACACUCUAACUGGCGCUCUGAUUUGGCAUUUUAAUAAAAUUGUGGCUGUGUUGGCUGCCCUGGGAUCCUCUGAGAGGAAGGGCAGGGUAUAAAUUCAAUAAAUAAUAAGGUCCCAGGGCAGGCUCCAGCUAUGGAUGGGGGAAAAGACUCCAUUCAGUUUGCUUUCAAGGGGAAAUCUAUCUAACCUGUGCUUUCCAUAGCAAUUCGCAAAUGGAGGCAAAAUUCACCCUGCUCUGGAUGCAAAGGAGUUCAAGGAAUGUACUCAAAGACAUGUAUAUGGGGGAGUUAUGUGUGCGCACAAAGAUGCCUAUAUCGUCCAAAUCAAAGGGUGUGGUGAUUCCCCACCCCUGCCUCAAAAUGAGAGGCAGCCUCGCUCAUGCACAACUCUUUUUCUCCAACAGGCCAUGCACCCAUGGAUGAUUUACUUGAGCUCCGUUUUAGUCAUUGCCAUGCUCACUGGAUACAUGUUUGGGCCAGGUAAGGGCUCAGGCGACACACAAAACUUAUUUGAGGCGGGUGAAGAACACAGGCCUUUUUUGUGGCGGCUCCCCAUUUGUGGAAUGCUCUCCCUGGGGAGACUCGCCUGGUGCCUUCGUUACAUACCGUAUCUUUAGGUGCCAAGCAAAAACGUCUCUCUUCGACCAGGCCUUUGGCUCAUUAAACAACCUAUGGCCUUUUAAAUGUGUUUUGGGGGGGGGAGGGGAGUUAUCGGUUUGUUUUUGUUUUAUUAUGUGUUUUGAGUUCUCAUGUUGUAUUUUUGUGUUGUGACCUCUGGGUGAAGGGCGAUAUGCAAAUUCAAUUAAUUAAGAUGGAAAAGACAUAGAUCCAGCACUGGAAGGGAGUUAUAGCUCCAAAUAUCUGCAGGGCCCUAUCUGUACUGUAUGUUGAAAGAAGUUUCGUAUCACUUUAAACGGUCAUGGCCUUCCCCCCCAAAGAAUUCUGGGAACUGUGGAGUGGUUAGGAGACCCCCCUGUUCCCUUCGCAGAGCCACAAUUCCCAGAGUUCCCUGGGAAGAGGGUGUGACUGUUAAAUCACUCUGGGAGGAGGGAGCCAAAUUCAACACCCAGCUUUGUUCUGUCCUCCCAGCUAUAAUCACCUACGUGGUCACUCUCGAGAUCUUCCUUCAGUCAUCGCGGGCUACAGCCUUCACGUUGGGCGGCAUAGUGAACUGGGUCACCCGCUGUUUUGCUGUGGGGAUCUUCCUUAAGCUAGAGGUGAGUGGUUCUGCCAGGUCCCUUUUAUCGGGAAAUAAAUAAAACGGCAAUAAAAAUCACAUUUCGUCGAGCCACAAACGGUAUCUAGCAAACACAACAGCUCCGCCCCAAUGGUAGGAAAUGACGUGGGAAUGCUGGGAGAAUGCAGGGAAUCAGUUUGCAUCUGUUGCUGUUUAAAAGAGCUCAGCUCCAGCUUGCUCCUUGCUCGAGCAGCUUCUGAGCUCAGUUGCUCCCCAGAGCACAGCCUUCAUGUUUGCAGACGGCUGGUCCCACCUUGCCUUCUGCUUGGCUUGAACCUCAUCUCACCCUAUACCCCGCAGGGCAAGACAACAAGCCCCUGAAAUUGGUAGGCCAGGUGAAGUUCCUAAACUGAGGACUGUGGCCGUUCCACUUUUGCAUGCUCGACAAAACGACCUUUCCUGGAGGUCCUGGAUCGGCAUCUGGACACCGUGCAUUAAAUGGAAACCGAACCCUGGAAAGACAGGAUCCCUAUGGGUGGGCUCUUCCACGGUCCGGGUGUCAGGUCCACGUGUCUGUUCUGGGUGGGGUGGCACCCCCGUGAAAGCGGAGGUCAGCAGCCUUUCCCAUCCCGAGGGCCACAUUUCCUUCUGGGGGCCACAUGAGAUGAGCAGGGCCAGCGGCACAAGGAGGGUGUGUUGAGCAACUGUGCUGGUCCCAAGGGCUAACUGUGCAGCGAGGUCCGAGUCCAGUCCGAGGUCGAGGGUGCAGAAUGGAGGCUGUCCGUCGAAGCUGAAGUGGGGUCCAAGGCAGGGAGUCGGGUGAGGUCAGGAACUCUGGCAGAAGAGCAGGACAGGGUUCAGGCAGGAACAGGCUACCAACAAUGUUGCUCCCGCAAUCUGGGACUGAGCUGGCUGGCUUUUAUCUGCCCCAAGGCAUAGGUCGGCCCCAGUCCACAGGUGACUCGCCUCUCCUGGCCUGGAGGCGAGCACUCCUCCUGCGAGAACUCCUCCUGCGAGAACUUAAUUCCCUCCACCUCUCUGCCCUGAGCCUCUGCAGCUCAGGAGAGGCUGGAGGAUUACCGGACCCAGAGGCAACCUCAGCUUCUCCUGACGGGGCUGAGAGUGGAGCACCUGCAGGCAAUGGGUCCUCCAUCACCUCCAGAGCAGACUCAGCUGGUGCCUGCAUCUGAGGAUCCAGCACAGGUGAGGACCCUUCAGGCUCAAGCCCCAGCCCCGGCUCAGCUGGUUCUGGAGGUGGGGACUCCUGUGCAGGCUGGGAUUCCUCAGGUUCAGCCUCCGAGUCCGAAUCCCAGGCCAUCACAGCAACACAUGCAGAUUUCCUCUUUGCAUGCUCGGUUACAACUCACAAACUGUGGCGGAAAUGCCCAGAGCUGAAAUGGAGACUGGGAAAACAAGGAGCCCGCUGGGACACAUUGGUCAAGCCCUGCUUACCUCCCCCUGUUCCCUCCCCCUUUUGUCUUUCCAACUCCAGCCGCUCACUGGGCCUUACAGCCUCCUGAUCCUUUGGCCUCUCUGCAUGGUGACCUUUAUUUAUAUUUCCGCGAUGGUUCCGGAAACCAGAGGCAUGACCUUUCUUGAAAUCCGCAAGUCCAUGGAUCUCCAAGCCAAGGAGGAUAAGGAACAGAUAGAUAGAAACCCAGAUAGUUAGAAACUCAGAAGGCGUCGAUGCUGUGCUUAAUUGUUAUUUUUUAAGAUACAACGGUCCAAAGAGAUCCCCUUCAUGCUGUCCUGCAGUCGCCUCAGCUCUGUUAACACGUACGGCCAUUUUCCUUUCAGUCCAGAAGAGCAACCCAAGCUGUUUCCCCCUUCCCUGUGUGCACUUUUCUAUUGUUCUACCACAAAUGUUGUUUCUUUAUUAAAUUACGAAGGGUGAGCACAAUCAAUCCAGAGCCAAAUGUGUGAAAUGACUCUCGAGCCCACAAAAUCAUGACCGCCGGCAAUGGGCCUUCAUUCACCACAGCUUUCCUUGGUCAGAACAGCCACGGCCUCUGGGGAACCCACAAAAGUGGAGUCCCCAGGCCUAUAAAUCACACAGAGGCAUUUGCACACACAGAGAGAAAUCAAGUCACGUUCACAAGCAGAGAUUGCAGUUAGAAUAAUAAUAAUAAUAAUAAUAAUAAUAAUAAUAAUAAUAAUAAUAUAUUUAUUAUUUAUUAUUUAUUAUUUAUACCCCGCCUACCUGGCUGAGUUUCCCCAGCCACUCUGGGCGGCUCCCAGUCAAGUGUUAAAAACAGUACAGCGUUACAUAUUAAAAACUUCCCUGAACAGGGCUGCCUUAAGAUGUCUUCUGAAUGUCAGGUAGUUGUUUAUCUCUUUGACAUCUGAUGGGAGGGCGUUCCACAGGGCGGGCGCCACUACCGAGAAGGCCCUCUGCCUGGUUCCCUGAAGCCUCACUUCUCGCAAUGAGGGGACCGCCAGAAGGCCCUCGGCGCUGGAUCUCAGUGUCCAGGCUGAAUGAUGGGGGUGGAGACGCUCCUUCAGGUAUACAGGACCGAGGCCAUUUAGGGCUUUAAAGGUCAGCAUCAACACUUUGAAUCGUGCUCGGAAACGUACUGGGAGCCAGUGCAGAUUUCUCAGAACCAGUGUUAUGUGGUCCCGGCGGCCACUCCCAGACACCAGUCUAGCUGCCGCAUUCUGGAUUAAUUGCAGUUUCCGGGUCACCUUCAAAGGUAGCCCCACAUAGAGCGCGUUGCAGUAGUCCAAGCGGGAGAUAACUAGAGCAUGCACCACUCUGGGUCUUAGGGUCUUAGCCUGCAUACCAGGUGGAGCUGGUAGACAGCUGCCCUGGACACAGAAUUGACCUGCGCCUCCAUGGACAGCUGUGAGUCCAAAAUGACUCCCAGGCUGUGUACCUGGUCCUUCAGGGGCACAGUUACCCCAUUCAGGACCAGGGAAUCCCCCACAUAACCAGGCAGGGGCCUUAUCAGGAGAGCAAGGGUAACAUCCCAGGCAGGUGCUUGAGGAAGAAGAAGGCUGCAGAUUCAUCUAUUGUAAGGUUACCAGAUUUUUUUCAAAGAAUCCAGGGACACUUUAAAAAAAGAGAAAAAAGGUUAUUUAAAAAAAAGUUAUUAUUUUUUAAAAAGAAGUACCGUAUUUUUCGCUCUAUAACACGCACCCGACCAUAACACGCACGUAGUUUUUAGAGGAGGAAAAUCCAUAGGCAUGCCGCUCAUAGGCAUUCCCUCCAUAACACGCACAGACAUUUCCCCUUACUUUUUAGGAGGAAAAAAGUGAGUGUUAUGGUGCAAAAAAUACGGUAAUAUCUUCUCUUCUGUGGUCUCCUCUGUCACACGGCCUUCCUCUGGGCCCUGACCUGCUCUCUUGGAGCACUAGCCACCGUGGAGUAGGCUUGGGCCGGGCCUGCACUUGGCCACGUGUCCUUGCCCUCCCAAUGCUCUCCUACCUUUCUUCCUCAGUAGCGGUAGAGGUGUGGCAAGGUUGGGGCUCCCCUCUUUUUUGUCCUUCCUCUUUCUCUCUCUUCCUUCUUCUUCUCCUCUCCUCCUUCUCCCUGCAUUGGUUCCGGGGUUUACUUGGCCCCAGAGCACUGCUGGGCAGGUGGCCGGGCUCUCUCGCUCCUGGCUCGAUUUGGGUCAUGGGCGGGGGGGGGCGUCAGUGGUUCCCCCAGUUGAUGCGCUGGGCAUCCCCCGGUUCCCCCUUGGCAGUGGCGGUGGCAGCAGCAGUCUCAGCAGCCUGGAGCCAGCCUGGUAGCACAGUUGGCUCUGGCUGGCUUCAGGAGCUGCUCGCUGCCGUGGCGCCCGCCAUUUUGCCUCGCCAGAAGUCCCCAUAUGAUGUGUCUUGUGCCGUUGAACCAAUCACACAACAUUCAUUCCCUACUAAUAAAUCUAUAACACUUAAAAUAUAAAUCCGGGGACAUUAAAUGAAAUCCGGGGACAUUCCAGGGAUGGAUUUUGUCCGGGGACAGAUUUGUAAAUUGGGGGGGCUGUCCCCGGGAAACGGGGACGUCUGGUAACCAUAAUCUAUCGGUGUCUGCAAAUUCCUUUGCACUUCUCCAUGGACAUCAGCCUGGAUAGCUCAGUUGGUUAGAGCAUAGUGCUGUUGGUUAGAGCAUAGUGCUGUUAAUGCCAAGGUUGCAGGAUCGAUCCCCAUAUGGGACAGCUGCGUAUUGGUUGGACUAGAUCAGGGCUUCCCAAACUUGGGUCUCUAGCUGUUUUGGGACUACAACUCCCAUCAUCCUUAGCUAGCAGGACCAGUGGUCAGGGAUGAUGGGAAGUGUAGUCCCAAAACAGUUGGAGACCCAAGUUUGGGAAACACUGAACUAGAUGAGCCUUGUGGUCCUGCCCAACUCUACAGUUUUAUGAUCUCAGGUCUUUUACAACAUCCUGCACCCUCCUCCUUUUACUGUCUAUGUAUCUUCAGUGUGUUAUGUCACUAUGUUUUCCAACACAGCAUGGUGGGUCGGAGCUGCCUGCCUGUCCCUGGCAUUGUUGUGGGUUGCCUGGACAGAUGUGGGCAUGGGGCUGUGGCAACGCAAUGGGUGGGAGUAAUAAUAAUAAUAAUAAUAAUAAUAAUAAUAAUAUAUAUUUUUAUUUAUACUCCGCCCUCCCCAUCCAAGACCGGGCUCAGGGCGGCUAAUAACCAAUAAUAAAAACAAGUUGAUUAAAAUACAAUUAAAAAGAUUAAGAUACAACAUUAAAACUACAUUAGGCUGCAGUCUCUUCAUAGGAGGAGAAAGGAAAAAGAAAGAAGGGGAGGGAAUCAAACUGAUUCUAAGCCAAAGGCCAGGUGGAACAACUCUGUCUUACAGGCCCUGCGGAAAGAAAUCAGAUCCCGCAGGGCCCUGGUCUCAUGAGUACCGGAUUGGUUCCACCAGUGCUCCCAGCAUCUCCAGCACCCCACUGAUUCAUCAUAUUGCCAGGACGGAUGGAACUCAAUAUGUACAUACCCACUCGUCUCUGGUAACAAAGGUUCGACUCCAGGUGACCAGACCUGAUCCAAUAUAAAUGGGAUUCCUUCUCUAUUUUUUUCUCCCACGCUUCGGGUGAACCAGAUACCUUAAAAUGAUUAGCAUUUAUGGGCAGGCUUGCUAGCUAAAAGGUUUGUGUGGUCACCUUCACCUUUUAGUAAGCUGAUUUGCAAGGCUGGAGUUGCACCAUGGGAACAAGCGUCAUUGAAAUUUGGUCUGUAGGAGAUCUGGGUUUGAACUUAGGGCAUCAAAAGCCUGGGUAGCAGAGAAGAACAAAAGGUGGUCCCGGGUUCAAAUCCCCAACUGAAAUCUAGAUUUGCCAAGUGUGGCCACACACCCCUCACCUAUGUUCCUGAUUGCUGAGGUGGACAUUGACCACAGUGGUGGCAGCCCAGUUACAGUGAGGGUGGGGCACUGUCCCAACAAUUUCAGUCUGCGCUCAGCCAGCCCCCACCUGCCUGAUUUCUUUCUUGCUACUUGAGGGGUAUUGGCACCAGUAGCGUAGUGGCAAACUGAGAAGUGCAGGGCCCUUUCUUGAUCGUCACAGCCUCGCCCCUUCUAAGAUUAUACAGCUUCCUAAUAUUAUACUGUACAGUAAUUUUAUAGUUGCACAAUAAUAAUAAUAAUGGAUGCAUUGCAGCAAUCAAUGCAGAUCUUUGUGUCUUGCCGUUCAGCUACAUACACUAUUUUCUGUGCACAGAAAUUUGGAGCGCUCCGAUGCCUUCUUUCCAAAGUGACUUCAGUUUUGUUUUCCUUGAGGUUCCGUUGUGCAUAACGGCACUUGCAAUGCAUUGUUCUCUCGGAACCAAAGCGCCUUGUGUUCAGAGUGCUCCUAAAUGCUCAGCUUUGGCGCAGAACUAACUGCAGAGUGACCCUAGGAGCCAAUCCUCAGUGGCCAACUCGACUUCACUCAGAUUGUCUCCAAAGAUCACAAAGGGAGAGAAGACUUCUUUUCAAUGGCUAGCAGGGUUCUGCGUCAUGCUGAUUGGGCAGCUGUAGGACUCUGGAGGGAAGGCCCCUGUUGUAAAGGGUCUUUGACCUCUACAGUCCCAGAUCACUACAUCUGUGGGGGGCCCCUGCCUGUCAGCUCCUUGUAGAAUUCAGCAGGGAGGAGGAGGAGGAAAGUGGCGACAACUCUAGAAUUGGUUGGCUCUAACUUUCUUUGGGAUGCGUUUGGGGCUGUGGGUUAAACCACAGAGCCUAGGACUUGCUAAUCAGAAGGUCGGCGGUUCAAAUCCCGUGAUGGGGUGAGCUCCCGUUGCUCGGUCCCUGCUCCUGCCAACCUAGCAGUUCGAAAGCACGUCAAAGUGCAAGUAGAUUAAUAGGUACCACUCCGGCAGGAAGGUAAACGGUGUUUCCGUGCGCUGCUCUGGUUCGCCAGAAGCGGCUUAGUCAUGCUGGCCACAUGACCCGGAAGCUGUACGCCGGCUCCCUCAGCCAAUAAAGCGAGAUGAGCACCACAACCCAGAGUCGGUCACGACUGGACCUAAUGGUCAGGGGUCCCUUUACCUUUACCUUACCUUUCAUUGGCUCUGACUCCAGUUACCAUUUGGGCUCCCUGCCUUCCACUCAGGGGCGUAACGUGGGUUGUCAGGACCCGGGGCAAGGCAAGUAAUUUGCACCCCCUAACCCGUGGAUUUGCGCCCCCUAACCCUAACCCCCAGAUGUUGCGCCCGGUGCGGCCGGGCCCCCCUGCACCCCCCACGCUACGCCACUGCUUCCACUCCACCUUCCAACACUGUCUGACCACGUGGUAAGGCUGUCAGAUGUGGUUGGAAUCUGUUGUGCACAGAGCUCUCUGUCCAGGGUGCCACUGAAGCCUUCAACAUUCCUUUUGUACCACUGGGGGCCAUUACUCGGAACAGCACUGUUCUAUCCCCACCUCCUUCCUGCCAUGAUUGGUUCUCACCUCCACUGCCAACUGCCAACAGCUUCCCAUGGAACUUCCUGGCGCCGUUCUCCCGAUUGGAUCUCGCAAUGGUGUUUGGUUUCCUGGUGCCGGUUUUCAAGGGAAAAUAGGGACUGGCUGACAUCAUUCUCUACUCACCUGUACAGAAAAGCUGUGGUCAGUCUGCAUCCUCUCUGCCUAUUUAUCCCCGAAUGUCCCUGUGGGAAUUACAGUGGUACCUCGGGUUACAUACGCUUCAGGUUACAUACGCUUCAGGUUACAGACUCCGCUAACCCAGAAAUAGUACCUCGGGUUAAGGACUUUGCUUCAGGAUGAGAACAGAAAUCGUGCUCUGACGGCGCGGUGGCAGCAGGAGGCCCCAUUAGCUAAAGUGGUGCUUCAGGUUAAGAACAGUUUCAGGUUAAGAACGGACCUCCGGAACGAAUUAAGUACUUAACCUGAGGUACCACUUUACUCUCCAUCGGUUUCAUAGGAACAUAAGAAGAUGCCUUACAGAGAAUCAGACCAAUGGUCCAUUUAGCUCCAGGUUUCAGGCAGGUGACAUUCCCAGCCCUACAAGGAUAUGCCCUGGGAUUCAACCUGGGACCAUAUGUAAGCAAAUCCCUUAAGACAGGGAUGGAACAGCUCAGCCCCCUGGGCCAAAUCUGGCCUCCAAGCCUCUGUAUUUGGCCCUCAGAAUUCUCCUCAAGUCACCAACCACCUCGGCCUUCCUUUACACCCUUAGUACUUUUGCUGCUUGGAAUGUAUCCUUGAACUCUUGCUCACCUGGAUAGAGGAGAGAGAGGGGGGUAGAAACUAGCCUACUUGGCAAAGGUCAAGUUCACAUUAAUUGCUCCACCCACUUUUGCCUCUGGCCCCGCCCACCACCACUGGGCAGCCCAGGCAGUUACCCAGAAGGGAAGGUGACCAUUGUGUUGAAUUUUUUUUUCCAAAUAUAGGAAAUGGCAGGGACUAGCAGGAUGCUGACAAGGGUGCACUGGGGGAAGAGGGGCUGGAAUCUGGCUCGGGAGAGCGGGGCAGUAAUUCAUGGGGACAUGUACUAGCCAGGAAGCAAGAAUCAAAGGCUGGGGAAGCUUCGGAGUGGGAAGAAGAGGUAAGCGAAGGGCUGGGUGCUUCCCCACCUUCCUCUGCAUCACUGUCUCCCAGAACCAGGAGCGGACUGAAGUGAGAAGAGCAGAGGCAGCUUCCACACAGGCGUAGUCUCUGGCUACGUGCACGCAGCUCGGUGGGGGAAGGAGAGUGGUCCCCAGUUGCUGCAACUGCUCCAUAGAUCAUAGACCUGGGAAUGGCUGCCUAGACUAGUGUACAUAGUUCUGCAGAGCUGACUGACAAUAAAGAGUUAACUCUCGGCUGUGUGCAUUCCUUAGCUGGGAAGCGCUCUGGACACAGGAAGCUGCUUUCUACUGAAUCACACCACUGAGCCAUCAGAUCUGUGUUGUCUACACCGUCUGGCAGCACCUCUCCAGAGCUUCAGGCAGGGGUCCCUCCCAGCCAGGUCUGCAGAUGCUGGGAAUUAAACCUGGGACCUUCUGGGUGGGAGUCAGAUGCUAUACUACGGAGCUACAGCCCUGUAGGCAGGUUUUGCAACUAUCCAUGCAAUCCGUUAAUUCAUGUAUUGGGCUCCCUGCCUUCACCCCUACCAGUCCAAAUGGACUCCUGCCACCCCUCUUUGACUACUUGGCAAAACCUCUGGCUUUGCUUAAAUCUUCCAAGUGUGAAUUUGAGAUUUGUUGCCACAUAUGUGUGAUGGCCACUGGACUAAGAUGCUGGUGGUCAAAGAGGAGGUCCAAGUUAAUAUCCAUGCCCUCCUUAUGAGCUUCCUGGAGGUGGCUUGCUAGUGGAUGCUGGACCAGAUGGGCCUUUGUUUUCACACUUUUAUUCUUUUACUCAACAGCCUCCUAAUAAUAUCCCCCUGCCUCUCCAUCCUAUAAACCAGGGGUCAGCAACCUUUUUCAACCAUGGGCCGGUCCACUGUCCCUCAGACCUUGUGGUGGGCCAGACUAUAUUUUGAAAAAAAUAUAUCAACAAAUUCCUAUGCCUCACAAAUAACCCAGAGAUGCAUUUUAAAUAAAAGCACACAUUCUACUCAUGGAAAAACACGCUCAUUCCUGGACCAUCCGUGGGCCGGAUUGAGAAGGCGAUUGGGCUGCAUCCGGCCCCCGGGCCUUAGGUUGCCUUCCCCUGCUAUAAACCAUGCUCUGUUCAAAAGCAUUGCAGAGCCCUCAGUCUGGAGCACUGAAGGGGAGGUUAAACAAGCAAACCUUAUUGUCAACACAAAUUGAAGGGCCUCAGAAAUAGAAAUUCCAGCAUGCUGUUAUCAAAGCCACUGUUACAAGACGGGCAAGGCCAUAACCAGGCAGACAAACAAAGCAACUGUUAUAAGACAGGGAAGGCCAUAGCAGGCAGACAAACGAAAAAUGAGUAAAUUAAGAAGUGUUAACCUUCAAAAGGAGAAACAUGGAAUGUUAGAGCCUGAUUGGAUAAGAAUGUAAAGUCUCACUCUCUGUUUUUUUGUAUAGUCUAUAAAAAGUGGGCGCACCCUGACUGGGGUGUGCAGAUUGCGAGCUUAUUGCUCUGUACCUUUGUCCUGCAUAUGCAUUUCAAAUAAUUCCUUUUGAAUCCUGCAAGGUUGAUUGCCACUUUGUGUGAAUCUGUGCUCCGGGGGCCCAAUAGCAGAUAUGGAACAGGUCCAACAAAAUGACCCUGUGAAUCUGGAGAGUAUCAAUAACACAUAGAGCAAUUCUAUAGACUAGGAAGGGAUCCCCAAUGAUCAUCUAGCCCAGUCCCCUGCAUGGCAUGCUCUUGUGCAUGGGUCGGCAAGGUUUACCUCGACUGGGUUCGCUCCAGUGGAGAUCCCUCCGUGGGCCGGAUCAAACACGUGCAGCCACGAUUUUCAGCGUCUGCGUCUGAACAGCUGUGAUUUUCGGCAACGCAGAAACGAGUCCCCGCACCACGCUGCACCAGUUUAGUGCAGCACGUGGGGACUCGCCAAGCGGGCGGCUCAGUUCAGGGGUGGCUCGCAGGCCGGUUAAACGGCCCCCGUGGGCCACUUUUGGCCCAUGGGCCUUAGGUUGCCUACCCCUGCUCUUGUGUAUUACACUUUUUAUUGUGAUGUAUUCAAUUUUUUUAAAAAAAACAAACUCUUGUUAUGGAAAUUGCCAGGGUGGAUGUGUUUUAUGCUUCUUCACUCUUCCAGAGUGGCUAAAUAUUGUAUUUACUGCAACAUGUAAAACUUACCAGGGACUGUUUUAUUUUUUUAAAAAAAAUUAAGCAAACUUAAAACUAUAAGUUUUAGUUUUCUAUUAAAACUAUAAGUUUUCUAUGCCUGGCAUUCUAAAUCAUGGAACAGUUAUUAGUAAUUUUAUUGCUGUGCCCUUCUGUUUGGUUUGGCAUUGUUUUAUACAUUUGCACAGUUUCUUUUCUGAAUAUUGCUCAUCGACUGUUAAUUCCUCUUCCACAGCUGAGCCCUGGUUUCUGAGCCCUGCUUCAGAGAGAAUGAAAAGCGAAGAGGAAGACAAACCCACUGAAAGGGUGAGUUGGGAGAGUGCUCUAUCCAGUUGCAUUUAUAAAUCAUUGGCCAUGUAAAGUAGGGUUGCUGUACAUCUGCGAUUCCAAUGACGGAAUCAGCGUCCGGGGGGUGGGUAAUCAGCAAAAUGUCUGGGUUUUUGAAACUUUCCCAAAGCUCAAAAACUUUUUGUGUCCGGAUUUGUAUUUCUUGAAAUAUGGCAACCCUACCUAAAGUAGAGAAGGGGAACAUCUGCCAGACUCUAGAUUAUUAUUAUUUUAUUUAUACCCUGCCGAUAUGAUUCAGUUGCCCCAGCCACUCUGGGCGGCUUCCAACACAUAUAAAAAACCGUAACAAAACAUCGACCGUUAAAAAUCUCCAGUUACAAGGCUGCCUUUAGAUGUUGUUGGACUCCAUCUUUUUUUUUAAUAUAAUUUUUAUUAACAAACCAAUCAAAUCACAUCAAUUACAAAUUACAAAGCCAAAUUUUUAAAUUUUUGUUGGGGGUACCCAUGCUUUGAGCUCAGAAAGGGAUCCAAACAUCUCUCUUGCUGCUUCUUUAAUGUUCACAGUUCUGUCCAAAUAAUAUUCACAGUUCUGUUCAAUCUUCUCUUUAUUAUUUCCCUCAUCUUCUUGUUAUCAUAUAUUCCUUUCUUUGUGACCUCUGAUAGUCUCCACGAGCGGGUUGAAAACAAACGUUGUUAUAUCCUGUGUGGAUUUUCCAUUCCUCCAAGAGCCAUAUUCAAACAGACAGAUGCCAUUUCCACACUUCCGUACAAAACAUUCUUAAAGUCUGCCCAUUAAUCCUCGCAGGCCUGUCAGUCUCUCCUCAAUCUUCUUAGGGGGUUCUGCCAGGUCAAACUCACAGUCCGAUAUAAUAACAAAGCCAUGGUCUCCUCCCCCUCGAUCAUAAAUCCUGUAGCCUGACCUGCUUCCUAAUGAGUCUCUUUUUAUAACUGCGUCAUUCCUUUCCAGAUAUUCCACAAGCCAUGUCUUUGAUUAGUAAUUCAUUUCCACACAGUUCUUAAUCAUCUUCCCGCUUAUAAUCAGUAGUUGCAAUGAUUCUUCUUGGGGGAGGAUUGUUAGGUACUCACAUAUGAUAAAAAAAAGAAAAGUUUCCCCCCUCCAUUCCGUCCCGUUCCGACAUACUGACCCUUUGAUGUGUCUUCUUCGUAAUAUAUUUUCCUGUUAAAUCCAGCCCAUCGCUCGACUUCACAGAGGUCACUUCAAUUAGCAGUCUUGACUCCCGUUCUUCACUCGAAAUAUGUGCAUUUGCUUCUCUCUAAUUGUUUAUUUUGAGCUCCUGCAACCAGGCCGCGCAAUCAGAGACAGCAUCCGGGAGAGCCGUCCCACACGGGUGCAGUGCGCCUAGUGCCCUCACCCCCUUCUUUCGAACUCGGGGGUGAUUUAUGGCAACCGCAGGCGAGGCAGUGUUCCCCAUUCCCUUGGGGUAACAAGGGAGGCUGCAUACUCCCAUAUCAGCCUCUUAAUUAUCUCGUGUGAGCCGGAGAGAUGGUAUUGUCAGCCAUCUUCCAAUGCGCCCCUAGCGGCCCCCGUUGUUGGACUCCAUCAGCCUCAAUUGCUGUGGCAAGAGAUUAUGGGAGCUGGAGUUCAGCAAUAUCUAAAAGGCCACACAGUACCCAGCCCUGAUCAAUCUGAUGUACAACAGCCUCCAGAUGUCUAUUAGGUCAAAAUUAUCAACUAAGUAAAAAAAAGUCCUUGGGAGUGUUCCCUGUUUGGACUUUUUCUUUUUUACUGAUCUAUCCAUUUCCGGCAUCACCACUCCAUUACAGUCCCCCAUUAAUAUUCUUUUCUGGUCUACAGUUUCUAUCAAUCUUUCUUCCAACCUUUUGUAAAAUUCCGCCUUAUUUACGUUAGGUGCAUAAAUUCCCACCAUGAUCAGUUUCUCCCCCGGAAUGUAAUUUGCACCACAAUUAUUCACCCCUCCUCAUCUUUCGAGAUUAACUUAGGUUCCAGUUUCUCUUUAAUAUACAUUACCACACCUCUUUUCUUAUUAACUUCCGAGGAUAUAAACUCAGUACCCAACCUCUUAUUUUUCAAAAUAUGUCUGUGUUUCUUUGCAACGUGGGUUUCUUGCAAACAAAUCACGUCUAAAUUUCUUUUUUUCAAAACAUUUCCCACUUUAUUUCUCUUAGAUUUCUCAUUUAGCCGGUUUACAUUCCAAGUUAACAGUUUCAAAUUCAUAAUAAAAAAACACUCAAACUUAAACUUUAAUUUAGAUUCGGGUGGUUUUUGACCUCUAAGAUCUCCUCCUCAUCUGCUUCUGCUUCUUCCUCGUCUUCUAUUUCUUCCUCUUCCCCUUCAUGCUUUUCUUCCUCUUCUUUAUUUCUUUCCUUUCUUCUUCUUUUUUCUCUCUACUGGUAAGAAUAUUCAUUUCCUUCGUUCUACACUUAUCUACUGCCAAGGGGGGGGGGGAGGAAACCGAUUCUCUGAAGCCUGACCAUAUUUCAAAAAGCGAAAAUCCAGACAUAAAAGUUGUAGAGCUUUUUUAUGUUUUUGAGCUAUUUUUAAGGAAAUUCACCAAAAACGACACUUCUGACAUGGGUUGCCAUAUGUCCGGAUGUUACAGAUGUCCGGCCGCUGUUACAGAUGGCCGAAUCCCAUGCAUCAGGAGCUAACAAAUGUUUAUGGAGGAUGGACCCCGUACUCUAAAAUUCAUGGUUUCUGCUGCUCUGUUCCAAUAGAAACUGACAAGCAUCCUGGUGCUAGCUGCAAUGACUGCUGGUUUUGGAUCAUCUUUCCAAUAUGGCUACAACGUCUUUGUGAUCAACUACGCAGCAGAGGUAUGGUCUGUUAUUAUUUGUUCAGAGCAUUUGCACACUAUUCUUAAUAUAUGUAGGGUUUGGUGUCAGCGUUGCUUGUGCAGGUUCUUUGCUGUUCGCUUGUGUUCCUUUGGUGGUGAGAGAGGUUAGCGUUGGCCUAGGGUGUGGUUGUUUAUUUGUGGUUGGCUGUGGUGGUCUUUGUUUUUUCAUGUGUGAGUGGGGGGUGUGUGUGUUUUGGAUCAGGUUAGCCAUAUUGAUUUGUAUGGAUUGGUUGGUGGAUUUUUGUCAUUGUCUUGUUGGGCUGUGUGUGUGAUAAAGGGGAGCCAUACCGGGGUGAAGGCGUCUUCUUCUAUUUGUCUCCAUGUCAGUUUCAGUUUAUUGGUUAGUUUUUCUAGUAAGGCUGUUUCCCGUACUAUUUGGUACCAUUGGUCCAUGCUUACUCCUGACAGGUCUCUCCAGUGUCUGGUUAUGAUGUUUCUAUUCUUUAGCCAACAGGACUCCCAGAGUGGCUUAGGUGCAGUUGAUUAUAACAAAACAAUCCCUGCCUGCAGGCUUACAAUAUAAAUUCACAACAUGCAAGGAAAAAGGACAGGGAGGGAAGGGCAUGGGGAAAUAAAAUUCAAGCACCAAUUCUUCAAUGGGAGUUCAUCUAAUGAUCAGCAGGCACAGCAGUGGUGUAGCAUGGGCUUCCAGUGUCCGGAGCCAUGUGGGAAAGGAAGGGAGGGAACUGGCAUGCACAUUCAACUCCCUAACGGCAUAGCUGUCAACCGUCCCUUAUUUAGCAGGAAAGUCCCUUAUCCUAGUGCUGUGUCCCACUGCUGUCCCUUAUUGAUGAUGUCCCUUAAAUUUCCCAGGUUUCAAAGGAAGCAGCUCCUCUCCCUCCCUCCCUGCUGGCCAGGGAGGAGGGAGGCUCCAGCUGUGUUGCUGGCUGCGUUGCUCACCCAAUAAGGAGUCUAAGAACGACUGGGGGGUGGAGCUUGCAUGCCUCGUGCUGAUCAAAUCGGCCGCGUUGCCUGGGGACUCGCCUUUGCUCAGCGCUUCCCAGCAGAGAGGUGACGGUGGUUUUCCUUGCUGCAUCCCCUUUGCCGGGUUGCUGCGCUGUGGGAACCACCGCCUGAGGCUUCGUUUGGCUGCUGGCUGGGCUUUCUGCCUUUGGCUCAGAGGGGCUCAGAAGUUGAACAUACCUGUGCUUGGAAAAUCCCUUAUUUUGGCUGCUGAUCCCUUAUUUUCAAAUCUGUAAGUUGACAGCUAUGCCUAACGGUGUCUGCAUCAACCAGGAGAUUGCAGUCACUGAGAUAAGAAAAGAAGAAUCGUUUCUCUGGGGAGGUCACUUCCUGGUUCGCAUGGAGAAGCGACAGAAGCACACAGCUGUAUUGCGGCAGCACUAGGUGUCAAAAUUUUGCGACCCUAACAAUUUUGCGCCCGGGGCAACCACCCACUACGCUGUGGCACAGUUCAGGGGCAGGAGGAUGAAGCUGAGCUUUGGGGGCAAAGCUGAUGGAGCGAGCUCAGCUUCCCAUCUCUCCCACUGGUGGAAUGCCUGAGGGAGAGGAGGCACAACAGCCUUGCAGUGUGGGCAACUCCUUGCAGGGGGUCAGUGCAAAUGUUCUACCUUUUUCAAUUUAGCACAGACAUUUCUGGUAUUUGUUCUGUCAUUUGCAGAAGAUGGGGGAGGGGGGAAUGGGACCUUGGACCACUUGCACACAAUAAGUUUAAUAAGAAACAGAGAGACAGAAGGUUCAGGUGAGUAACACGGUCCAUCGAUACGCUAAUCCACACCUAGGCAUGUUUUCUCCCUUCAUGGGAGAAUAUAUAGUUCUCCCUAACUAUAUAUUUAAAGGUAAAUGUAAAGGGACUCCUGACCAUUAGGUCCAGUCGUGACCGACUCUGGGGUUGCGGCGCUCAUCUCGCUUUAUUGGCCGAGGGAGCCGGCGUACAGCUUCUGGGUCAUGUGGCCAGCAUGACUAAGCCGCUUCUAGCGAACCAGAGCAGCGCAUGGAAAAGCCGUUUACCUUCCCGCUGGAGCGGUACCUAUUUAUCUACUUGCAGUUUGACGUGCUUUCGAACUGCUAGGUGGGCAGGAGCAGGGACCGAGCAACGGGAGCUCACCCUGUCGCGGGGAUUCAAACCACCGACCUUCUGAUCGGCAAGUCCUAGGCUCUGUAAACUAUAUAUUUACUAUAUAUAUAUAUAUAUAUAUGCAGUAAAUAUAUAGUAAACUAUAUAUUUACUGCACAUUUAAAGGACAUGACUUCCCCAAAGAAUCCUGGGAACUGUUGUUCUCCCCUUUUGCAGAGCUACAGUUUCCAGAACCCUAAACCAACUACAGUGGUACCUCAGGUUAAGUACUUAAUUUGUUCCGGAGGUCCGUUCUUAACCUAAAACUGUUCUUAACCUGAAGCACCACUUUAGCUAAUGGGGCCUCCUGCUGCUGCCGUGCCACUGGAGCACGAUUUCUGUUCUCAUCCUGAAGUAAAUUUCUUAACCCGGGGUACUAUUUCUGGGUUAGCGGAGUCUGUAACCUGAAGCGUAUGUAACCCGAGGUAAAGGUAAAGGGACCUCUGACUAUUAGGUCCAGUUGCGGACAACUCUGGGGUUGCGGCGCUCAUCUCGCUUUAUUGGCCGAGGGAGCCAGCGUACAGCUUCUGGGUCAUGUGGCCAGCAUGACAAAGCCGCUUCUGGCAAACCAGAGCAGUGCAUGGAAACUCCGUUUACCUUCCCGCUGGAGUGGUACCUAUUUAUCUACUUGCACUUUGACGUGCUUUCGAACUGCUUGGUGGGUACCACUGUACAGUUCCAAGGAUGCUUUGGGGAAAGCCAUGUGCUUCAAACGGAGGUUGAGAGAGUGUGCGUUUGCCCACAAGGAUGUUGAACGAGAACCACAAACAGGGUAGUCAAGGCUUCCUUGCCCCUCCUGGUCAGAUCUGCCUGGCCCCCAAACCAUGGUUUACUGUGGCUUAAUGUGCAGGAAGAAGACCCUGACGCUGACUGUUGCACGCUCUUCUCUCCUAGUUCAUUAAAAGCUUUUACAACGAGACCUACCGAUGGAGGAAUCACAUCAGCAUAGACCACAGCUUGCUCCUGUUCCAGUGGGGUCUGACAGUUUCAUUCUUCCCAGUCGGAGGCAUGGUUGGGUCUCUUUUGGUGGCUCGUCUGGCAGAUAAUUGUGGCAGGUACAGUGAUAACCCUGGAGAUGGAGGUUAAUUGGGAGAGAAAAGGAAGGCAUGAAGUAGGGCAGAUACCCCACCAUGAGAAUCUGUGCAAUAACUGGCAGUCUUGCAAAAACUGAAGUGUACAAGCGACACACAUAGUCUUCUUAGUCUCUCUAUUUUGCUUGCUUUCUUGCCACCUGGAGAUUCAAACUUUCCCUCUACUGCCUGGAGGGGGACGGACGAACCUGGAGAUCUGGCAAUCCUAGUGAAUGACCUUCUUAUCCCAGGGCCUAUGAAAGCACUAUGGGGAGGGCAUUGGAGGGGAAAGGUUGUGUGGCUUCUCCUGAUCCAUUCUUUUACAGGAAAAGAAUCUACAUCAAAGCAUAGGAAGCUGUCUUAUGCUCAAUGAGGCCAUUGGCCUAUCUAGUUUUGCCAACACUGACUGGCAGCAGCUCUGCAGGCUUUCAAACAAGGGAGAUUCCUUGCCCUACCUGGAGACGCCAGGGAUUGAACCUGGGAUCUUCUGCUUGCAAAGCAGGCGCUCAUACUGCUGAGCGAUUACCCCUCCUUUAAGACAAAUGGUCCACCUAGCUCAGUAUUGUCUACACUGACUGGCAGCAGCUCCCCAGCUCAGCGUGGUUUACGCCAGUGUUCUUUGACCUUGGGUCCCCCAAAAUCGUUGGACUACAACUCCCAUCAUUCCCAAGACAGCUUAACCAAUGGUCAGCGAUGGUGGGUGCAGCAGUUCAGCAACACCUAAAGUCAAAAAGUAACGACCUACACUGACUGGCAGCAACUAUCCAAGGGAAUCAGAACAGGGGUGUUCCUAGUCCUAUGUGGAGAUGCUAGGGAGCAAACCUGCUUGCCCUUUCCAACAAUUAACGAAACCAGGACAAAGUACCAGUAAUUAAAUUGUAACAGUAGCAUAGCAGUUGCAAUUUCCUCUCCCUUAUGCUUUUCCAUCUGCUUUUAUACAUCCAUCAGUAUCCACCCUGCCCUUUCCCUCCUUGCCUUUUCAGAAAACGUACUUUGCAGGUGAAUAAUAUUUUGGCCAUAAUCUCUGCUGUCCUCAUGGGCUGCUCCAGAGCAGUGCACUCCUUUGAGUUCAUCAUCUUUUCACGUUUGGUUAUUGGAAUAUGUGCAGGUGAGUCGGAGACAGGAGGUGUUGUUUAAUAUAUAUGCUGGUGAUGCACUUCCUUUGACCUGGGCCUCUCCAGACAUCCUGUAUAUUGUGCAUUCACAAUUAUUGUGAUCAUGAUGGUAUUGGGGUGGUAUUGGCUUGUUUACAAUACUGUUUUGUUCCUGAAAAUGUUUUGGGGGUGGCUGCUUUGCUUCCAACAGACAGCUGUAUAGUGGUCCGUGUUCAUAGGGGCGGGAAAAGAAUCAUAGAGUUGGAAAGGGUCCCCAGGGGGUCAUUUAGUCCAACCCCCUGCAAGGCAGGAAUCUCACCUAAAGCAUCCUUAACAGAUGAGCAUUCAACCUCUGCUUUCAAAACCUCCAAGGAGAGCCCACGGUUUUCCCAGCUAAGUUAUACUCAUAGGAGACCCAUUGAAAUUAAUAAAUUUCAGUGAGCCGUGUCCAUUCACUUCAAUGGGUUGUUAGUCCAAGAUUAGUCCUACUUAGAGUAGACCCAUUGAAGAUAAUGGGCAUGGCUCACUUACUGUAGGUUUAUUAGUACCUAUGAGAUCAUAUUACCCCAUAUAUGCUCACUUGAUCACUUUGAUCUGCAGAACUGGCACUGUUGCAGGUUUUAUUCUGCGUUUGCCAAUAAAUUGAUUUUUUACCUACACUUUGGAACUCACCGCCUAUUGAUAUCAAGCAGACACUUUUUGGCAUGUGUGUCUCAAUGUGACUUUUAGCUUAUUGUUGAUUUAAAUCCUUUUUCUUUUUUUUUGAAGGUUAUAAAUAGUUGGUUUUAACCAAUAAUUUCAUUGUUCUAUUCUUUUUGUAAACUGCUGUUAUAAGACUGCUUUAAGAUUGGUUUUUUUUUUUUAAAGUAUUAUAUAAUUUUUGUGAAAUAAUUAAAUAAUUUCCAACAGGUCUACUUUGAGCUACACUAAGUGUCUUUUAAACUUUUUGUACACGGUUUGUAUUGUAUGUUUUUAUGUAUUUUCAGUGCUUUUCUUCGGGGCAGAUGAAGGGUUACGCUUACUCCUACACAUUUUGUGAAUCUAAGUUUGGCCUCACUGAGGGGCAGUAUUUCAAUAUGAGUAGGAAAAUGAGAGUACCCCUAAAUAUUUUUUAAGAAAAAAAGCACUCUGUCUUUUUGUUAUAAAUGGCCUAAAUAUUUUCAGAAAUGGAAAAAAGAAAUCAACACCUGCUUGGCAGCAGUCCAAUGAGUCUUGUUAUAGAUCUGGGGCCGUGGGGGUGGGGGAUGGAAUCCUCCUAAGCCCUAGGAAUGAAGGAAAUGUUCGGAUUAUGAUUAAUUGGGAUAUGGACUAAGACACCAACUGCAGAGUUGGGCCAGACAGGGAAAUCCUGGGCUGGCUUAUGCAAACCAAUCUUGAUAGCUACAGCUAUCAAGAGUACAACAGAGGCCAUUAACAAUACAAUGGAACUCCCUUGUCGCCCCCAGGUGUGAACAGAGACUGGGGAUUUGGAAGGUUGCCAGGGUAACUGCUCUGGGGGAGGGCAAGGGGUUUUCUGGGAGGUAAAGGUAAAGGGACCCCUGACCAUUAGGUCCAGUCGUGACCGACUCUGGGGUUGUGGCACUCAUCUCGCUUUAUUGGCCAAGGGAGCCUGUGUACAUCUUCCGGGUCAUGUGGCCAGCAUGACUAAGCCGCUUCUGGCGAACCAGAGCAGUGCACGGAAACACCGUUUACCUUCCCGCCGGAGUGGUACCUAUUUAUCUACUUGCACUUUGAUGUGCUUUCGAACUGCUAGGUUGGCAGGAGCAGGGACAGAGCAAUGGGAGCUCACCCCGUCACGGGGAUUCGAACCGCCGACCUUCUGAUCGGCAAGUCCUAGGCUCUGUGGUUUAACCCACAGUGCCACCUGCGUCACUUGCUGGGAGAAAGAAGGGGCAAAAAAAAAGCUGAGAUCCAUCUUGGAGAGGGAGGUGAAAAAUUCCCUGUGGGCCAUGUUGUAAGAUCCGGACUUCCUCCAUGCAGACAGAAGGUGUAAAUAGGUGAAUGAACCAUAUUUCUUGAAGCACGACAGUCUCCGCCGCAUCUUCUGUUCUCCAAAGGGACACAGACCCUGCGUGUGUGCCUGGGACCCCAUGGGCUCUUGCCACCACUUGGCAGAGGGAGGGGCAGGCACCCAGCUUUUUAAACAGUCUGCUCUGAGUAGGACUUUGCAUUGUCUGUGAAAUAUACUCGGAGUCGAGUGUGGAUUUCAUGCUCUUUAUUCAGCUCAUAGUAGUGAGGAAUGAAUGUUCCCCCAAAAUAUCUGCUUUAUAUACAUUAUUUACACAAUGGGCUGCACGUGAUUGGCUAAUUCCGGGAUUCUCCCGUGGGCCAAUCAGGUUGCGGAUUCACUUCCACCUGGAGCUGGAUUGGGUGGCUCCUGCUGACCAAUCAUACUGCUGCAUUGUUCUAGGACCAAUCAGACUGCUGCAUUCUGAAUCCUAUUGUUAUAGGACCAAUCAGACUGCUGCAUUUUGGAUCCUAUUGUUCUAGGACCAAUCAGACUGCUGCCUUUUGGAUCCUAUUCAACUCAGUACAUAACAGUCUGCCAGCCCAGAAAUAUGUUCAGAUACUUCUGUGCGUAGCCUAUGCACAUUCAAUUAUCUUUUGCUUUUUACCUUGUCAACAGGGAUCUCCUUCAGCGUGGUUCCCAUGUACCUCACAGAGAUUGCCCCUGAAAACCUGCGAGGAGCCAUAGCCAUCACUGGCCAUUUCUUUAUCAUCUUUGGUAGCCUGAUGGCUCGCAUAUUUGGCCUUGACAAACUCCUAGGGACCCAAGAAGGUAAGUCUGAGAGAUGCCCCUUUUGGCCUCUUGGGCUCACAUUGCUUCAAGGGUCAACCCUCUAGCCACGCCCACUUCUACACUCUGGCCAUGCCCACAAAGUUUGAAUGUGAGCGUGGCCGGCCCAUUUAAUUUUUAAACCCACCCACUCACGCACACUUGGCAUCCUGUCCAGACAUGUAGUUAUUGACAUGUGGUUUAAUAACCAAUCUCAGUGGCGUAGCGUGGGGGGUGCAGGGGGGGCCGGCCGCACCGGGCGCAACAUCUGGGGGGGGUGCGCUCGCACUCGCAGCUCUCUGCCCCUACCUGGCUCACUCACUCUCUCUCACAGCAGUGCUGGCUGUGCGAAUCCGAUCCGAGCCGCUGGGUCGCCGCCCACUGUGGAGGGGGUGGGUGCCAGGCAUGUGGUGCGGAGAGAGAGCGAGGGACUAUCUGGGGGAGGGACAGUGCAGCGGCCGCCCAGUGCAGCGCUGAGCGCGGGAGAGAACCACACCAGACCAGCCCAGGCAGCAGCAAGAAGAAGCUGGCAGCGGCGGCAGGUUAGGGGUUAGGGGGCGCAAAUUACUUGCCUUGCCCUGGGUUAGGGGGCGCAAAUUACUUGCCUUGCCCCGGGUGCUGACAACCCACGCUACGCCGCUGACCAAUCUGUCUGCAUAGGGAACUCUGGGAACAGUAGUUCUGUGAGAGGGAAUAGGGGCAACUCUCAGGCCCUUUUGCAAACUAUAGCUCCCAGAAGUCUUUGGGGGGAGAAGCCAUGAGGGUUUAAAGUGGUAUCAUAACACUAUAAAUGUAUGGUGUGAAUUUGGAUCCUGUGUGCAACAUGGUGUUAUGUGAAAAAAACUGCUCCUUUUUCCUUAUGUGGUAUUCCCCUAUAGAGUCCUUAAGUGGGUUUCCUAUUGGUAGGAGAAAGUAACAGAGGCCAACCAGAGUAUAUUGAGAAGCCAAGUGGCUAGUAAGCCUGAUCUUUAUUCAAGGAACUGUUGUAACAAGGUCCCCACUCACCACACACAGGAGAACCCUGAACAAUGGUGCACAAGCCCUUAUGUAGACUUUUGAAAUUGCCCACCCUGUAGCCCAACCACCCCCAUAAAAAUCAUACAUCACAGAAGGAGGCGGUCUACAGCAGAAAUACAUCACAGGAGGUGGUCUACAGCAGAAAUCCUGUCUGCCAGGAUACCUGAUAAUGGUCUUUGAUUGCAUUACCUGGGCAGUCCAGCCAUUCUUUUGUGAUGGUUAAUACUUUAGUUCCUGAAUCCAGGUCACAGGCUCAUCCUAUUCAUACACAAAUGCACCCUUGAGACAGGAUUUGUAAGCAAAAGACAAUGGGAAGGCUUUCCCCAUUUGCCUCCCUGACUGCAGAGGAAUAUUUAAGGUCAUUGGGAGAGUCAAAAUGGCUUCAGGAUUGCUCUCUCGUACUAUUUCAGACACCUGGUAAAUAUUUUUAGAUAUGUGUUCAUUUAUGAAUAUUUAUUCUAUAUUUGAGACCUUAAAAUUCUUAUAACAAUGGUCUUCAGGUUUAUGCCUUGGUCCUAUAAUGCUUGGCUUAUAUUGUUUGGUUAUUCCUAUCCAGUCAUUGUUUGCUUUUUCUUUCUUAUUGUUUAUAACGAAAACACCAUAAAAAUGAUUUUUUAAAAAAAAAUUCACAUUGAGGUGGCGGAGCUGGGCGGGGGACCAACACACACCUUGGCAGGGGCCAGAAACUGUCUCUGGUCUAUGGAUUAGCCACCUAGUUGUGCUAUCACAUUUCAUGUCUCUUACCAUCUAUGUGCAGGUUGGCCGUUCCUGCUGAGCCUCACUGGGGUUCCGGCAUUAUUUCAGCUCAUCUUCCUGCCGUUCUUCCCCGAAAGUCCUCGGUACCUCCUGAUUCAGAGGCAUGACGAAGAAGCAGCCAGAGAAGGUAGAAACUGAAUGGGAAAACAUGUGGAUGCGGUUAUUAUCAUCAGUCUUCAUGCCCCAAACCUUUAAGCCCAGGGUUGUACGCCACUAAUUAGAGUAGACCCACUGAAGUGAGUGAGCACCAAAAGCGCUGCUGUUUUCACUUUCUGUGUGAGGUAGCCUAAUAAGAACCUCAAUGAGAAGGAACAAGAUGCCUCAAUGAGAAGGAACAAGCAGAAGAUAUACAGUGGUACCUCAGGUUAAGUACUUAAUUCGUUCCGGAGGUCUGUACUUAACCUGAAACUGUUCUUAAUCUGAAGUACCACUUUAGCUAAUGGGGCCUGCUGCGGCUGCCGCGCCGCCGGAGCACGAUUUCUUUUCUCAUCCUGAAGCAAAGUUCUUAACCUGAAGCACUAUUUCUGGGUUAGCGGAGUCUGUAACCUGAAGCGUAUGUAACCUGAGGUACCCCUGUAGAAGCAUGAUUAGUCGCACCAACAGGGUAAAGAACAGCUUCUAUCCGUGGGCUGUUAGGCUGCUGAAUGAAAAGAUAACAACAGGGCAACUGACUUUCGGGUUUGGUGGGUGUGCGUCAGUAAACGAGGGGAAUUAAGACUAAGAGAGCUGAGUGGGGGUGCUCGUGUAAUCUCACUGUAUUCAAGUUAUAGACGUGACAAUAAAGUACAGUGGUACCUCGGAUUACAUACGCUUCAGGUUACAUACGCUUCAGGUUACAGACUCCGCUAACCCAGAAAUAUUACCUCGGGUUAAGAACUUUGCUUCAGGUUGAGAACAGAAAUUGUGCUCCAGUGGCGCGGCAGCAGCGGGAGGCCCCAUUAGCUAAAGUGGUGCUUCAGGUUAAGAACAGUUUCAGGUUAAGAACAGACCUCCGGAACGAAUUAAAUACUUAACCUGAGGUACCACUGUAUUUCAAUUUCACUUCAGGACCUGAGCAUGAGCUCUUCCCCCUCCUGUGGUUUCCAGCAACUGAGAUUCAGAAGCAUUCCUGCCUCCAACCGUGGAGGCAGAACGCAACCAUCAAAACUAGUAGCCGCUGAUACUAUAGCCUUCCUCUCCAUCAAUUUGCCCAAUCCUCUUUUAAAGCCAUCCAAGUUGGUGGCCAGUCGCUGCCUCCUGCAGGAGAGAGUUUGGUAGUGCACUGAAGUCGUUUCUUUUGUCUGUGCUGAAUCUUUCAACACUCAGCUUCCUAGGAUGUCGGUGAAUUCUAGAGAGAGAGGGGGGGGGGAGAAGCUUCUCUCCAUCCACUUUCUCCAUGCCACACGUAGUUGUAGCGCAAGAAAAUUUGCAGGGUGCCUUCCGAACUCCUGCUACUUUGCAAGAGGGAUUCCUGUGCAUCCUUGAACAGUUUUGCACAUUGAAAGUGAUUUUAAAAUGCUAUUUUGCCCUAGGACAACAAAUCUACUUCUUCUUCUUUUUAAAAAAAAAAAAUUGACUUUUGGUAGUUUGGAAAGUGAUGGAGGAAAGUAUGGAAUGAAUGAACGGUUAAAGGGAAAUUGUAAAAACAACCCAAAAGCAAACCAGAGAAUGCUCCUUGUCAUAUUGUAAAGGUAAAGGGACCCCUGACCAUUAGGUCCAGCCGUGGCUGACUCUGGGGUUGCAGCGCUCAUCUCGCUUUAUUGGCCGAGGGAGCUGGCGUACAGCUUCCGGGUCAUGUGGCCACCAUGACUAAGCCGCUUCUGGUGAACCAGAGCAGCGCACGGAAACGCUAUUUACCUUCCCGCCGGAGUGGUACCUAUUUAUCUACUUGCAGUUUGAUGUGCUUUCAAACUGCUAGGUUGGCAGGAGCAGGGACCGAGCAACGGGAGCUCACGCCGUUGAGGGGAUUCAAACCACCAACCUUCUGAUCAGCAAGUCCUAGGCUCUGUGGUUUAACCCACAUCACCACCCGUGUCCCCCUUAUCAUAUAACCACCCCGUAAAGAUAUCUGAAAGAAUGUUAAAUAUAGACUGAUUGUAUGCUGUAGUCUAAUCUCUGCAUGAACUGGCUAUGUUCUCCUUAGGCUCAGUGUUGAACUCAGCAGGGGGGGAGGAAGAAGAUGGGGACAAAGCUAGAAUUCAUUGGCUUUACCUACCAUUGGCUCUAGCACCCCUAGCCGUCUGCUCUGGUGCCCCCUACUGUUGACCUCCCUGAGCUCUGCCGUAUCAGUUCCAGCGGGCACCAGCCUCCACUGCAGGAAGAGGCGGUGUGUACAGACUGGGGGUGGGGGGCCCUAAGAAGCCUCCAAAUGCUGCUGAGCUGACAUGGGUGGUCUGUGGCACUCGUAAGCCAGUUGUCUCCUUCCACACAGCCUUAGUGAAGCUAAGGGGCUGCGACAACGUGGAGGAUGAAAUCGAAGAGCUCCACGAGGAGGACCUCUCCGAGGAAGUGGAAAAGGAUAUGGACCUCUUUACGAUGUAUCACUUCGAUGACAUAUGGAACCACCUCGUCUCUGCCGUCGUCUUGAUGGGCGGGCAGCAGCUCACUGGCAUUAACGCGGUAGGGCAAUCUCCCCGAGGAGAACGGGCCUUUUCGGUGGUGGCUCCUUUGUGUGGGAUGUUUUCCGCAGGGAAGCCUGCCUGGUGCCCUCGCUGGCUGAUUUGAGGUGCCAGGCAAAAAUGUUUUCAGCCAGGCGUUUGGCCUUUAGCCUGGGGAACUGUAGAUAUUGUGGCCUCUUCCAGUGGGUGGGAUAUUGAGCAGUGAAAAAUCCCCCUCCUCACUGGAUCUCUGUGGAGAACUGAAAUUAAGACUGAAAAAACGACAGAAACUGAAAUGGACAGAUUUGUCUGUAUCCUGAUAGGGGGUCAUCAUUCCGCUAAGAAUGUCUGUUUCUCCUUUCAGGCCAGCUAUUAUAUGGAGAUACUCUACAUGUCUAUGGGGUUAGAAAAGAAAAUUGUCGGGUAUAUCAGCAUAACGAUAUACAUUUUGCUUAUGUUCAUAACUCUCCUGGUGGUAAGAUUCUCUCCCAUUUCUACAUCAACGCCAACAUGGUGAGCUCCAGGUGUUGUGGACUACAACUCCAUAAUCCCUAAGCAUUGGUCACACAGGCUGGGGCUGAUGGGAAUUGUAGUCCAAAAUGUCUAGAAGGCACCAUGUUGGUCUCCCCUGAUAUGAAUGUUUAGCUCCUCCUUGUAAUGCUUCUACCCUUGGCCUACUCCAAAGGCCAGCACUUCUAUAGUGUGCGUCUGUGUUAAGCUGGCCGAGUUGUUCCAGUUUCCUACAGACAAACUACACGUCCAGGUUCGGAUGGCAUGCAAAGACAAACCAUGGCUUAGCUCACAGCAGGAGGAUCAGAGAAGGGGCAAAACGGCUGCCAUCGCCUCUCCAGAGAUCUGGGUGGAAUAUAAAAAACGCUGUGGAAAUGCUUUUGAAAAAAGUUUUGGAAAAUUUAUUGGAUUUGCCAUAGCUCACCAUCGCCAUCUAGUGUCACAUUUGUAUAAUGCACUUUACAACACAGUUUAAAUGUUUUAUUUGCAACUGUAUAGCUGAGUCCCUGGUUUGGCUUAGGGUUAAGUAAAAACAGAGCUUCCGUCUCUGGGCCCAUCCAGGCUGUUGCUAAUUUUGGGUGGGUUUCAGAUGGGCUCAAUCCCCAGUUGCAUCUCCAGGUUGGGAUGGGAAUGUACUCUGCCAGAAACUCUGGAGAGCUGCUGCCAGCCAGUGCAGACAAUACUGAGUUCGAUUGGCUAAUGGGCUUCACUCAAUAUAAGAUAGUUUUUUAUAUUCCUACGUCUGUAGGGCUAUAGUUCAAUAGUAGAACAUCUGCUUUGCAGGCAGAAGGUCCUAGGUUCAAUCCCCAGUAUCUCAAGGGAAGACACCCUGGCUGAAACCCUUCAAAACUACUGCCAGUCAGUGCAGACAUUGCUGAGCUAGAGGGAUGCAAUGGUCUGACUUGGCACAAGGGAGCUUCUCAGGUUCCUAAUCACAUACUAGCCAAUUCACAUCGAGCAGCGAGAGCUGAUUGGGAGGUUUAGCGCAACAAACCCUCUUCCCAAAAAUGCAGGAAGCGACAAGGAAAUGCACUGGAAUUAUCUAAUCUCCCUGUAAGAUAAUAAAUAUGGCCACCCAUUAAAUAGCUGACAUCUCCCUGCAAAUAAAUCAGAAUGUAUGCUCAAUAGACAGGCCAUCUUGAAGCACCCUUCCUCUCUCUUUCUAACUUUUCUGCUUUUUUGUAUCCUUUAGAUACGUUUUGCUGAUUCUUCGGGGCACAGAAAUCUGCUGCUCAGUGGCUUGGGGAUUUGCAGCAUCACCUGUGUCCUCUUAGCCAUGGCGAUUGAAUUACAGGUCUGUAUUGCAAGUCUACAAACUCUUGAUGUCUGACGCUAAGCACCCACCAAUGCAGUGCCCUCAGUUCUUAGGAUAAUGAUGAUAAUAAUUUAUCUGUUGCAUUUGUUAGUCUUUUUUGUUUGCAGAAAGUAAAGUCCCAAAGGGACUUGCACUGUAAGACAAGAAUGAAAACCAAAACUGAAAUAAAAUAAAAGCUAAAAGCACUCUUAUGCAUGAAACAAAGGAGGCCAUAACAACAACAACAACAACAACAACAACAACAACAAUUUAUUAUUUAUACCCUGCCCAUCUGGCUGGGUUUCCCCAGCCACUCUGGGCGGCUCCCAAUCAAGUAUUAAAAACAAUACAGCGUUAAAUAUUAAAAACUUCCCUGGACAGGGCUGCCUUCAGAUGUCUUCUGAAUGUCAGGUAGUUGUUUAGCUCUUUGACAUCUGAUGGGAGGGCGUUCCACGGGGCGGGCGCCACUACCAAGAAGGCCCUCUGUCUGGUUCCCUGUAACCUCACUUCUCGCAAUGAGGGAACCGCCAGAAGGCCCUCGGCGCUGGAUCUCAGUGUCCGGGCUGAACGAUAGGGGUGGAGACGCUCCUUCAGGUAUACAUGACAGUAUCCCAAACUCCCCGAGCCUGGCUGAAAAGAAACACUUUUGCCUGGUGCCCCCAAGUAGUUAGUGAUGGUGAACCUCCCUGGGAAGAGAGCAUUUCAUAAGCAGGUGCCACCACUGAAAAGACCGUUCUCCAGUUGCCACUCUAUGGAGAUGGCACAUGGAGGAGAACAUCAAAUGAUGAAUGAUGCUGAUUUUGUGUAGUGGAUGCUGCUUUAAUGGAAAUUAUGGGUUGCAGUCAACUGAAUCCUACUCAGAGGGAACCCAUUAUAAUUAUGUGGUGUGGUGGGGAGCUGGUGUAGUGCAGUGAUUAGUCAGGGGUCAGCAAACGUUUUCAACAGGAGGCCGGUCCACUGUCCCUCAGACCUUGUGGGGGGCUGGACUAUAUAUUUUUUGGGGUGGAAAUGAACGAAUUCCUGUGCCCCACAAAUAAACCAGAGAUGCAUUUUAAAUAAAAGGACACAUUCUACUCAUGUAAAAACACGCUGAUUCCCGGACCGUCCACGGGACAGAUUUAGAAGGUGAUUGGGCUGGAUCUGGCCCCCGGGCCUUAGUUUGCCUACCCAUGGAUUAGAUUGUCAGAUUGGGGUGUGGGGAGAACAGGGUUCGAAUCCCCACUCGGGUCACAAAGCUCACAGGGUGUGACUUUGAGGCCAGCCUCUCAGUCUACCAUACCUCACCGGGUUAUUGUGGGGGGGAUUAAAUGAGGAGAAGGAGAAUCAUGUGUAUGCCACCUGGACAUCCUUGGAGGAAAAGGUGGGAUAGAAAUGCAAUAGAUAAUUAAAUAAUAAAUGAAGAAAUCCAUUAACUUCAGCGCUGCAUACCAGCCAAGAUGAGCUAAAUUCCAUUAACUUCAGUGAGUCUGCUCUGAGUUGGACUGGCAUUGGAUAAAACCCUAUAAUUUUAUUUAUUUGUUCAUUUAUUUCUACAGUCAUGGAACAUGAACAUUUACACAUUGACAAAAUGGGAGCUCUAUGGGGGAAGCUCAGGAAUUUCUGGCACCAAACUGCACUUCUAAGAAUUGCUUGCAGGAGGUGACAACAAUUGAACUGGUAUAAAACUGAGGAAUUUUGCAGGACAGAGCAGAUAGGCUGUUAAUUAAACCAUGUUGUUGUUUUGUUGUUGUUUUGAUUUUUCUUCCUCCCUGCCUCCCAAAGGAGCCCAGGGUAAAAACAUGCAACAAUGAUUAUUUAUUUUAUAAAAAAAAAACCGACGCAACUCAAAGCAGUUUUAAAACACUCUAAAACCAGUUAAAACCCUUUCUAUGUAUUAAAAGAACAGUUAAAAACACUCUUAGCUGGUGAUCAUAGGGUUGCCAGGAGCAGUGUCUUUCAGCUAUCAAAUGCCUAGGUUAAACAAGAGUGUUAUUAAAUUCCUGAAAGUAAGUAAUGAAGGGAGAGGGUGAGAAACGCAUCACACCAGGGAGGACAUUCCACAGGCAAGGAGCCACCACUGAAAAGGCCCUGUUAUGUGUCAACACCAACCGGGCAGUCCCCAGUGGCACCACCACCAACAGGGCUUCACCUGCUGAUCGUAGGGCCUAAGAUGGUUGAUACUGGGGAGAAGAAAGCACCACUGAGUUCAAUGGAGCUUAUGCCCAGGCAUAGGAACACAGUCACGGUCCUAUUAAAUAGGGUUUUCUGAUGAUAAUGACUGCAGUAGUGGAGUAUCUAUGUCAUUUGCAACCACAACACUGUCUCUGCUUGAACUGUGAGUCCUUUUCUCCAACAGAAGACCAUCUGGUGGAUGUCAUACGUCAGCUCAUCUUUCGUUACCCUCUUCCUCAUUGGACAGUCCAUCGGGCCAGGUAAGCUCUCUGAUGAAGAUGAUUUAUGAGACUUGUCCAUCUCUCGUUACACUGAGCUCUCCAGUACAGUGGUACCUUGGUUUACGAACUUAAUCCGUUCCGGAAGUCCAUUCUUAAACCAAAGCGUUCUUAAACCAAGGCAUGCUUUCCCAUAGCAGGGGGGGACUCACUCAACAGGAAGCGGAACAUGUUCUGCUUCCAAGGCAAAGUUCACAAACCAAAACACCUACUUCUAGGUUUGGAGCAUUCUUGAUCCAAGUUGUUCAUAAACUAAGCUGUUCUUAAACCAAGGUACCACUGUACUGACAUAGUUGGACAAAGACAUGCUCAGUCCAUAAAAAUAUAUGCAAUGCCACACAGACACAUCCCAAACAGCUAUGUAAGGGUGCUGCCAAACAUCAUAAGUCUGAAGGGGAAUCCAACAUUCGUGCUGCCCAGAGUAGAUCCAUUGAAGCUAGCAAACGUGGCUAACUUCAGUUCGCUAAUUUCAGUAGGUCUUUUCUGAGUAGAAUUUCACUGGCUACAACCCUAAGUCUUUACCUGGGCCACAUUCCCAACCAUACAUUUAAAGCAGAAUCAUAGCACGUCAAGCAGUCAUGGCUUCCCCCAAGGAAUUCUGGGAGCUGUAGUUUGUUAUGGGUGCCGAGAGUUAUUGGGAGAAUCCUCUACUCCAGGCAUAGGCAAACUCGGCCCUCCAGAUGUUUUGGGACUACAACUCCCAUGAUCCCUAGCUAACAGGACCAGUGGUCAGGGAUGAUGGGAAUUGUAGUCCCAAAACAUAUGAAGGGACGAGUUUGCCUAUGCCUGCUCUACUCCCCUCACAGAGUUCUCUGAGAAGAAGAGUUGGUUGUUAAACCAGUCUGAGAAUUUCAGCUGGGGUGGGGGGAUAGGGGCCUCCUAGCCACUCUCUGCACCUCUAACAAAUGGCAGCUCCCAUAAUUCUCUCUCUCUUUUUUUUAAAUGAUAUUUAUUCCAGAUUUAAAAUUACAAAAAAGAAAAAGAAAAACCAUACAAAAUACAAAGAAAACUUUAACCAUAACAAAGCAAGAAAUAAACAAGUAAAAAAGAACAAUAAGAUACAAUAAAAAAGAAGACUUAACAAAAAAUAUAAAAAUACAUUGAGUUAAAAUAAAACAAAAACAGAUUAAACCUUUACAUAGCCUUUUCCCUUUACUUAUGUCCAUGACCUCCUCUCACCUCCCAGUUUUGUAUUCUAGUUCAGAUCGUAUUUCCAGCAAAUCCUUCUAACCUUAUUUUCAGGCAGCUCCCAUAAUUCUCUGUAGGAAGCCACGACCAUUCAAAGUGGCAUUGUAGCGCUUUAAAUAUAUGGCCAGGAUGUUCAGGGCUCCUUGAGGAAGCACAAGAGAUGAGUAGCAUAGAUAAACUUCCCUGUUUAGGAAUUUUUUUAAUGACUGAUGUUUUAAUGUACAGUGGUACCUCUGGAUGUGAACGGGAUCCAUUCUGGAGCCCCGUUCGCAUCCUGAAGCGAAUGCAACCCACGUCUGCGCGUGCGCGGGUUGCGAUUCGCAGCUUCUGCGCAUGCACGUGACAUCAUUUUGAGCAUCUGCGCAUGCAUGAGCAGCGAAACCUGGAAGUAACAUGUUCCAUUACUUCCGGGUCACCGUGGAGUGCAACCCGAAAACGCUCAACCUGAAGCAACUUCAACCCGAGGUAUGACUGUACUUUUAAUAUUUUGUUAGAAGCUGACCAGAGUGGCUGGGGAAACCCAGCCAGAUGGUCGGGGUAUAAAUAAAAAAAUAUUGUUAUAUUGUUAUUAGCGAAAAUGAAAAUGGGGCAUUCUCUCUCUCCUGGCCCAGAUCCGGUUCCAGUGGUGAUUGUAGCAGAGCUGUUCCUUCAGUCAUCACGGUCCACUGCCUUCAUGGCUGGGGGCUGUGUUCACUGGUUCUGCAAAUUUGUUAUCGGAGUCGUGUUCCUUCAGAUGGAGGUAAGUGGGUUUGGCUAAUACAUCCAAGGUUCUCUUAGAGGAGUCCCAGGUCAUCGAAUCUGAGCUUCCACAGACUUUACCCGUCAUGAGGCACCAUUGGCAGCAGCAGCAGCAGCAAUGUUCUAUGCUUAUGAUAAUAUUUUAUUCUCCGGAUAAUUGUGCUGUUUUAAAUGUGCAUUUGAUACUUGACUUCCUUUAGCAAUGUUUUCUUUUGAAAUGUUUAAGAUAAUGGUUUUUUGUGUGUUGACUUUGCUGCAUUAAAUGUGCAUUCUGUAGCUGGCCUCCUUUGCAAUUAAGAUACAGAUUUCCAAAAUUUCUCAAAUUAGAUAAUUACAUAACGACUAUGUUUCAUAGAUUGGCUUCCCUCCCACCCACCCCUUGUGUUUUUAUUCAAACCCUUUUCUGCUGCGUUAUAUAACAAACUCUUAUCUGUUACCAAAAAAAAAUCUCUCUAGUGCAAUUAUUUUAUCUUUUUUUGUCCGCUCCUCGUAUCUCGAAACCUGCCCGCAAUUUCAUUUGGCUAUAAUGCUUUUUCAAAUAGUCCCCAAAUGGCCUCCACUCAUCUAUUGAAAAGUUUGUCAUUUCGACCUCUUGGUUUUGCUGUCAGCUUUGCCAUUUCUGCAUAGUCUGUUACUUUCAGAAGCCAUUCCUCCUUCAGAGACUGGUUUGCUGAAGCACCUGCCCCCUCCAUUAAACCUUGCUUUAGCUGUGUUGAACAAGGGUGUUAAGUUGUCUGUGAACAUAUCAGACGACACAGUGGUUCUUCAAACAGCUCUUGUUUAUUCACAGGCCAGAACAGAACUGAACUGAAGGGUUCAGCCAGCCUGCUUAUACAGUGGUGCCUCGCAAGACAAAAUUAAUUCGUUCCGCGAAUUUUUUCGUCUAGCGAAUUUUUUGUCUUGCGAAGCACGAAAUCCCAUAGGAAUGCAUUGACAAUCAAUUAAUGCGUUCCUAUGGUCAAAAAAAGUCCAAACAAAGCCAAAUUUGGUACAACAAGAGUUUAUUAAGUGCUCUUUAAAGUCACACAUACUGUAAAGAGCAUUUCAAAAUUCAAACCCAGAAUUUUUUUUAAAAAAAGCAGAGUGGCCCAAUGGUCACAGAAAAUCAUAAAAAUUCAGAAAAAAACCACACAAGCUUCCAGAUUCUUGCAAACCCCUCCCCAACACCAAGUCCUUGAAUUCCAAACACCCCAACCCAAAAUCCAACCCCCCCCAAAAAAAGUUUUAAAAGCUUAACUUACCAAAUGGCUGCAAAAGAAGUUUUGGAAAAGCUUCAAAAAUCACCAAAGUCUUUAAAAACCUCAAAAAAGGCUACUAUGUACACUGCAUUCUAUGAGUUGCUCCUCGAAGUCAAGUCGCAACUGUAUUAACGGUGUUAAGAAAAGGAAACAAACUUGCAAGACAUUUUCGUCUUGCAAAGCAAGCCCAUAGGGAAAUUCGUCUUGCGAAGCAGCUCAAAAAACGGAAAACCGUUUCGUCUAGCGAGUUUUUUGUCUUGCGAGGCAUUCGUCUUGCGGGGCACCACUGUAUAGAGCUCCACUAGAACGCAACAGUAACCAUUUUCUGUAACUAUCCAAUCACUGAACGUGACUUUCAAUCCCUUAUUUGCAUAUGUGGACCUGAGUGAAAACUAUCUACAGUAUCCCCCUGCUGGCCCAGGGUGAGAACUUCAGUACAUAACAAAGGGUGCUUCAGAGAACAGUUUGCCAAACUGCUCUGAGAAGUGCCUCCAAUCUCUGCCCCGUUAAACAGCUUGUAUGGGCUGCCUGCCACCCAUGCUGCUUGCUUGCCUGCCUGCCAUUUUGCUUGAGUUGGUGUGGCUGCUACUAUCUUUUUCUCUUACACACAUUCCAUAUCGUGCCCAAGUCCUAUAUCUCUCUAUCUUUUUCUCUCUUUUUUCUCUCCAGAUACACAUUGAGCCUUACAGCUUUCUCCUCUUUUGGCCUCUCUGCGUAGCCAUCUUAAUUUAUGCCUUCAAGCAGAUCCCGGAAACCAGCGGCCAGAACUUCCUGGAUAUCAGGAGGACCGAGGCAAUCCGAAUGACCAGGACCCUUCUGCUCAUGCAAAUCUCAGAGGACUAG